CGACACAUACAAGAUAAUAGAAUGUAUGAGUAAGUAUACCUAAUGUGCUUCUAUAUACUAUAUAAUGUUUGCAAUAUCAGAUGUGAUUAUGAAGCCUGAUAUUUAUUCUCAAUGUUCACAAAGCUCUAGACCCCAAAAGACAUGCCUGGCAAAGAUUUAUGGAGGCAGCUCUGUUUUUAACAAAGAUCUGGUUUUACAUUCUUAAUUUUAUCUGACGAGCCAAAUUUGGUCAAUCAGGAUAUUUAUUUUAUUUAUAAAACAUUUUACCAGGAAAGAUUCUUUUGUCCUGGGUCCACAAAUCAUUGCAUUGUUACAUUAGGGUACAAUAAAAUACAAAACCAAUAUUAAUACACAAUAAAUACAAAUUUAAACAUGAAACAGGUAGGAAAUAUAUAAUCAACCAUGACACGUGCAUUCUGUUUUGAGGUAUGUAGAGAGGGAUCUCUUAAAGGACUUUAGGAUUGGGGAAGAAUUUAAAGUGUGCGGGAGGUCGUUCCAUAAUUGCAGUGCUCUGUAGGAAAAGGAUGAUCGGGCCACUUUCUUUUUGUAUUGAGGUAGACUAAAUAAAGUGCUUGUACUGGAUCAGAGGUUAUAGGAGGUGGGAACAGCCGAGGAGAGCAUUCUUCCCAGAAAAGCUCUUAAACACAAGGCUGGGAAGAUGAAGGAUAUACUGUUUUAUGCUGUCUAUAUUGUGAGCUCUAGAGAUCUACAUUUAUCUCAUCUUGAGGAGUUCUUGAGUUCUACAUUCUGGGGCCAUUGGCAUAUGUGCCGGCCCUACAUUCUGUCAUAAACCAAUGGCAGCAGAAACCUGGGAGGUUCAGGAGACAAACAUUUUUUCUCUUUUGUCAAGACACAGUUUAGAUAGAAGCAAAGUUUGAGGAUGCUUAAAUGGAAAAAUGUUUUUACAUUAGUAAGAGGAUUUACCCAUAUCUCCCAAAAUUUAUGGUUAUAUGGUUAUAUUGUUAUGUUUAAAAUGCUACAGGCACUUGCCUGACGUGAACACAGUUAUAUGGCUAUGUUGUCAACCUUGAAAAGUUAUUAGGAUAUUAUCGCACCCUUGAUGUGUACUGUUACUAUGGCAUGUAAUAAGAUGACAUGGAUCAUGCAACCGCGACUUUUACCCUGCGCAAUGAAAGGGGCUUAGGGGUAGGGGCUCUUCCUGAACACCUACACGUCCACAUACACUCGGCUGGUGCCUAACCACGCAUCCCAACCCACACUCGUGCUUACUCUACACGGCGGAGCCUAGGGGACACCUGUUACCUGAUCCGAUAGACGGGGCGGGACCCAUACGCUCUUACCGUAACACGAGUCACCCCCCCCCCCUUCACGGGGGGUGGUUUUCCUGAGACACCUCUGGUCUCAGUGGUGCAGCCUGCUUACGCGGGCGACUAACUAUCUUCUUUCUUGCCUCUCUCACUUUCCACUGAGUUGUCUUCUCAUCCUCUACUCUGCUUACCCUCACCUUAUCUAUCUCUGAACUUUGACCGAACCCCUUGCAUAGGUCUCUACCUGACCUGCUACGGAGGGUCAUGCCUUCCCCAGGGGUUACCCCGCCACGGCUGGAGGGGAGGAGGGGGGAGAGUAGUGCAAUGGAUACAGAUGGCAGACACGGAACGCAUAACGCCUAUCGCCCCGCUCCUCUGUCUGUCCUCACCCUCAACUGCAGAGGCUUGAAUAUACCAGAACGGCGGACCCACCUGCUGCGGGAACUAAAAAAACAUCGCAUAUCGGUUGCACUUCUACAAGAAACCCACUUUAGAAAGGAUGCUGCCCCCCGACUACAUAAUAGAAACUACCCGUCGAAUUACUUUUGUGACCACCCAUUAGCGCGAAAGGCUGGAGUGGCAAUCCUAAUGGCGGCAGACCUGGAAUUCCAACAGCUAGAUACACUACAUGACCCGCAGGGACGCUAUCUCUUUGUAAAAGGAACAAUUGCAGGUAUGCUUUACACCUUUGCUACAGCUUACGUGCCUAACAGACGACAGGCCCAGUUCCUCAGAGGAAUGAUAAACAAACUAAACGGCUUCUCUGAAGGAACACUGGUUCUGGGGGGAGACUUCAAUGCUCCCCUGGACCCCAUCAUGGACUCCUCAACGGGACACAGCAGUAUCUCGCAACUCAACAUACGCUCUAUGAGGAGGUCACUAGGGGACAUGGAUCUGGUAGACUGCUGGAGGACCCUACACCCCUCUACCAAAGAUUUCACAUAUUACUCGGCGCUACAUAAUCGAUACUCUCGUAUUGAUUAUAUCUUCAUUCGUCAAAUAGGCCUUCAACGGCUGAUAUCUGCCAAAAUAGACCCUGCAACUUGGUCUGACCAUGGUGCUGUUACUAUAGAACUCGAAUCACCCCUCUUUCGACCUUCCACGUGGUCGUGGAGGCUGAAUGAAGCUCUCCUUCUGGAACCUGAGACGCGAAUGCAAAUCUCCCAGGCACUGGAACAAUAUUUCCGAGAUAACGACAUGCCAGAUACAUCCCCGAUUUCAAUAUGGGAAGCCCACAAGAGCGUCAUUAGAGGCACACUUAUUCAAAUAGCCUCCCGGAAGAAAAAGGUAGCCACGCGCGAAAUGUCAGACCUCUAUAGGUCAAUCUCGGAACUGGAACAACGGCACAAACGUUCUCGCCUACUGGAGACAUACGGGGAACUGACGCAGGCAAGAAGACGAUUGAAGGACCUCCUUACGAAGCGACCCCUAAGAUCUCUACAGUACUCCAAGGGGUUCUUCUAUGCCCACGCUAAUAAAGGGGGGAAAUAUCUAGCUCGCCUUCUGAAAGGCAACACCCCUCGCACGCAGGUCCGUAGCAUAACACUCACAUCAGGCGCCACGACGAUCUUUCCGAACGAGAUCGCAGAGGAGUUUAGGAAAUACUACCACUCACUGUAUAAUAUUCAUGCCCACGACGGUCCCAACAAUCAAGAUGCAGAGGACGCCCGGAUACGAAAUUACCUACAAGAAUCCAUCAUGAGAACUAUCGCUCCAGAGGUGGCGGAGACGCUGGACAACCUAAUUUCCGAGGACGAACUCUCAGCGGCCCUGAAAUCGUCCAAGACGGGUAAAGCUCCGGGGCCGGACGGCUUUUCAGUUGGAUAUUAUAAAACAUUUUCCUCCAUUUUAAUGCCUUGGUUCACGAAAGCCAUUAACGCGGUCGCCACCGGGGAGAACUUCGGAGCGGAAUCUCAGGCAGCCAUAAUAACAGUGCUCCUCAAACCCGGAAAGGAUCCGAAGGCAUGCGGAAGCUACCGCCCAAUAUCUUUGUUGAAUGUGGAUGCUAAAUUAUUCACUAAAGCCUUAGCUACUAGACUCCGUUCUGUCCUACCGGAUCUCAUCCACGUGGACCAAACAGGAUUCAUACCUGGUCGGGAAGCUCGUGAUAGCACUCUGAGAGCAUUCGCAAUACAACAUGGGGCACGGACAACUAAGCGACCGCUUCUCCUCCUCUCUACAGAUGCCGAAAAGGCGUUUGACCGAGUGAGGUGGAGAUAUAUGCUUGCGACCCUCACCAAAAUGGGAGUUGGACACAGGCUCCUCACCUGGAUUCAGGCUCUAUACCACAAACCACAGGCCGCAGUUCGAGUCAAUGGGGCCCUAACCCCUGCCUUUACGAUUUCCAAUGGCACGAGGCAGGGCUGCCCACUAUCCCCGUUGCUAUUUGCUAUGUCCCUGGAACCCUUACUCCAAACUGUACGUAACAAUCCUGACAUUCGGGGAUACCCCUGGGAAGGGGUGGAACAUAAAGUGGCCGCCUACGCGGAUGACUUAUUUUUUAUCACAUCACCCCGAACCACAAUGCCAUGCCUGCUGGAAACAUUUGAGCAUUUCGGUAGAAUUUCAGGUUUUAAACUUAACUUGUCCAAAUGUGAGGUGCUUAACAUCACUAUACCCGACACUGAAUACCAGGCCCUAGAUCCCCUAUUUCCAUUCCGAUGGUGCCCCUGCAAGAUGAGAUAUCUAGGGAUCUGGAUCACAUCGAACCCGAAAGACCUCUACGCCUUGAACUUCGACCCACUAUUGAAGACAAUCCUGGCAGACCUGGGGAAAUGGACGUACCCACAUAUCUCAUGGAUCGGGAGAAUAGCAGUUCUCAAAAUGAACAUCCUACCCAGACUCCUAUACUCGUUUCAGACGCUCCCAUUAGCUAUACCCACACACUUUUUCAACUCGAUACGAUCAGCGGUUAUACGUUAUGUUUGGAAAGGGGAGAGGCCGAGGCUUCGACAUGAUUUGCUUUGCCUGCCGAGAUGUCGGGGAGGACUGGCACUACCAGACUUCAAACGAUAUCAUCAAGCUACAGUCCUCCAACGCAUAUUAGAAUGGCACAAUGUUCUACACCCGAAACAAUGGGUAGCCCUAACCAGAGACGGACGAGAAGCCCGUUUUAAAGUCAGCUAUAUGGACAGGGGGUCGUGUAACAAGGGUUGGAGGAGAGUCAACAGGGAUUAUAGCUCAGACGCUGACCAGCUGGGCUCACAUAAGAGAUCAACCCCAUAUCUCCCCUGUACCAAGUCCGCUGCUUCCCAUCACUUACAAUCCAACAAUAGGAGGGGGCUUCCCGGCGACGGCGUGGCCAUUCGCGGAGGGCCGCGAAUACGUACCCAUCUCCAUGGUUCUGCAGGAUGGCAACUUGCGAACUUUAAAUUCCCUGCUAGGAGAAACGCCUCUUACACCCUUGGUAACGCUCCGGUAUAUGCAGGUCCGCCACUACUACAACACCUUGAGCAAUAAAGAAAAACUACACAGGGACCGUACCUGGUUUGAAACGAGAUGUGAACGUGGCUCCUCACUAGACAAAACCGUAUCCACCUUAUACCAACAUCUCCUGGUGGGUAACCUAACGGAAAACAACACCUUCCGUAGACAAUGGGAGACUCUGAUGGAUACCACCUUUACCCCCCAACAAUGGGAGGGCGCACUAUUCUGGCAACACAAAAGCUCCAUUAGCACCCACUACCAAGAGACGAAUUACAAAUUAAUCGCACUUUGGUACAAGACUCCGAUAUUACUCCACAGAAUUUUCCCUACAAUACCACCGACAUGCUGGAGAUGUCUCGAGGAAAGAGGCACGAUAAUACACAUAUGGUGGGAUUGUCGCCUCAUAGUCCCAUACUGGGAGAUGAUCCGGGAGAAAAUAGCAGAGAUCUUGGGUGCAACACCCGAGUGGGCGGCAACACUACCCCUUCUACAUAUUUCAACAAUGUUGAUUGCCGCAUACAAGAAAUCAAUUUUAUGUCAUCUACUUAAUGCAGCCAAAGCUUUGAUCCCGCUAUACUGGAAACGGACGGAGACGCCCCGACUGGAAGAAUGGAUCCGCAGGGUGGAGGACAUUCAGGGGGCGGAGGCGAUCCAGGCUUCACUUCUUGGGAGGAGAGACAGACAUGCAGAAAUGUGGCGACCAUGGUAUACAUUCGUGUCUCAGAGCAACUAGAGAUAAGCAGCCUGUGGGGGGACACCCUGGGAGGGAGGGCGGCUCUCUGGGGCAUGGCCAUUUAUACCUCCUCUCACUCCCUCAAUUCGAACUGCAUCCGAGGCGAGUGACAACUCUUCUUUCCUCCACUUCUUUCCCUCUUACCCUAUUACUAAACAUUUCUUUAAUUUUCACUUAUAAUUUUUAACACAUAAAUGCACUUAUUAGGAUGGGGCAUGAACACCCCAGCAAAAGGAAACUGCCCUGUAAUAGGAACGCAUCAGACCAAAUAUGUACGACAAACACGGUAACAUUCAUCCCUGCCUAUUGGGAUUCUUGGAACGACCCACAAACAUAAGCGCACCCACCAUCCCCCUUUCCCUUUUGGGGUAAACUAGAGGAGACGGCCCACCUCCAGAAGGACCGCACACUCACCAGCAGUGCUCACGGACUCAUAAUGAUGCAUACAGGGAGCCAGGGUCGUCACACGAAGUCCCCUGAACUACCCUAGUCCAGCCUGGCACACACCUUGAGGGAGCACAACUGCGCGAGCUACCAAAGGACCCAUUAGCUGUAGGAUACGAUUAGGAACAUAUGACCAUAGGGGUGCUCGAUAGUCCCAAGAACUGAUGGUAGGGUGAUAAGGAUAGCUUCAUACCCCAUAGUGCUCUGACCAAAAGUACCUGUGUCUUUGCGGUCUUAAGAGUAAAUAGCUUCAGCCGUAUAAUGCUACUAUGCCAGUUGGAACCUUCCUAUAUAAUUUUACUUUGUGCACAAUUGUAUAACGUUUUAAUACCUGGGACCUGCGUGUCCAAACUGUCUCAAUUCUACAUCUGUUUGUAAUGAAGAUAAAAAAUACAAAAACUCAAUAAAUGAGAUUUACAAAAAAAAAUAUCUCCCAAAAUUUCAAAUAGACAAUGAGAGACUUUAAUUAUAGGGGUGUGAGUGAAGGUGUGGCUUUGAGAAACUUUAGUUGAUUUACUAAUAACAAUUUAUGGAAAUAAAAUGUAAUUUAGAACAAGAACAGUUUAUUCUUUUUGCAAAGACUUAUUUCUAAACCCAUUCAUUGUAGUUUUAAGACACAUUACUGUGAGUAUUAUUACUGUGGAGUUCUGUUAUACACAUCAGGCACACCAACAAUAUGGAACUCAUAGAAAAGAGGGACAGGUGGAUUUGGGCCUAAAAUUGGAACUGUCCUUCCUGAAUAGGGAGACUUGGGAGGUAUAGUUCACUUCUGUAGAACAUUCUAAUAAAUAUUAUUUUCCUUUUGUUAAUUUUAAAAGUGUUUUUAGAAUGUUGCAGUCUUAAACUGUAAGUGUGUACAAUUGUUGUCUCUGUGAUAUGAAAUAUACGUGAAGUGUCUGCUGUUUGUUAAAAACAUGUGAUAUUCCCACACACCGACCGCUCGGACAGAAGUGUACCCGCACCAAGCGGCGACCAUCACCUCUGCUCUCCAACAACCCAAGGAAUGGGGCAGUCAUGGUCUUCUGGAACAUGCUGGUCGAUGGAGAUGGAAUGCCGGCCCCUGUACAAGCCCAGACCUGGUGGGGAGUCCCACACUGGCACAUAAACUUUCCUAGCUGCACAUCAACCCUGCCACUUCGGGGAGUUGGCUGACUCUGUCCUCUGGCCUCUUGCCCCACAGGGCCUUUACCUGACAUAAGCAGAAACCACAUACUAGCUCUCUAUGCUUAGUAUAUAGUUACUAUCACCCAUGCCAUUGAUAAAUGAUCAUUUUUCAUUUUUCUUUACUCUUUUCACUUUAUAUGCACAACUAGUGUGGUACAGUGAUCUGGCAGCAUUGCCAGGCCCGGUGGCUUUAUCAGCUACGAGUCAUUGCCUUUUGUUUUCAUUUGAGUUAGUAGUCUUAUCUCAAGCAAAUUAAUCUGGCAUGUAUACACCACUUAUAAUUCUUAAGAUGUCAGUUUCAGUACUUAAAGCUUAGCCUGAUACAGUUCACUGACCUGCAUUAUCGUGUUACCUUUUGUCUAUAUACCAAAAAUUGUGCUAAUAUCCCGACUGCCACACUGUUCUGAUAUGUGUAUUACUGAUCCUGCCUUUGCUGUUGAGGCAAUGCAGGCCUGUUUGUUAAGUGAGCACAACUAAAUAAAUAAUAAAAAAUAAAUUAUAUUUUAUAACAUAAAUGUGAAGGCGUUUUACCUGUGUGAAAUGGCAGCGUCAUACAAAGCCUCUAUUAUCCCAGCAUGCUGUCUGCCUGCCAAGCGCUCAAAUGUUCCAUUUGGGAAACCAUACACAUCUGUGCAGUGCAGUGACAUAACUAAAAUUAAUAGGAAUCCUGUAGCCGUAUGCUUAACGGGAUAUGGCCUACUUCCAGUCACAAGUGUGAAUGCUGGGAGAGACUAUGCAAAUCCACAGCAAAUACAUUGUAGAUUAAAGGCCAACCUUUAACCCUGCAUAUCUGGCCUUGGAGUACUAUUAUUACAUGCUACAAUAGCACAAUACAAUUGAGUCAUUGGCAAAUUACAUAUUUCUGUAUGGUUAUACCUGGUUUAUCCCAACACUUCUACAAUAUUUGCAUGUUUUCUAGCACUCUCCUUUGCUGCUGUCUUGUUUAUCAUGCUUCAUGUACCUUUUUGAUACAAGGAGCAUGGGAAACAAGCCUAUGAUGGAGUACAGACUAUAUGUUUUGUUUAUUUGUUGUUUUUUUUUUUUAUCCUUCCCCUGGAGUGGUAUAACAAGUGUCUUUAGAGUCAUGGUUUCUACAUUUUUCUAGCUGCACACAGUGCACUUUGAUGCGAUGGUUAAACCACAUAUAUACAAGAUCUGACUCACACUCCGUUUUAACAUGCUCAGUAAAAAAUACACAUUCAUGUGGAUAUAACUUCUAUUUGUUCGAGCCAAACUAUUAACUGGAAACAGUUAGAGAAAAGUCACAGCUCUUGAUAAAGGCGCGAUAUUGCACUGAGCUGACGCUGAUUUUUUUAUCUUGUCAGGAGGAACCCUUUACUUUUUAGACCAAUUUAAUGCUGAUAGUGAGAAUCUUUUGAGGCUAGAUUUAAAGGGACUGCCUUGAAGCAGUGUGAUCUAUGUAUAGGGAGGUUGUUUAAGAGGACUAGCUUUAGCUGUAUUGUCCCCUCCCUCUGCCCCCUGCAAAAUAAACCUUUGGAGACACUCUGGCUUAAACUGUCUCCAUAUUACUCCCUUAUCUUUCAGUGCCUGGUCCUUUCUGUUCUGUUAGGAGGGGUUGAGGCAGUGUUCCAAAUCGUUUGCUACUGGUUUAGCACUUGUGUAUGGGUUCUGCUUUAAAUGCAGGUUUAGUGAUUGUCAAGUAAUGGGAAGGCACUGACUAUUUUUUUUCUGUACUAAUUUGCAGAUGCAAAUCUCAGACAUUCAACUACAGGAAGCUUCCUACGACAUCAGUCAUCAUUGCAUUCUACAAUGAAGCCAUGUCAACGUUGCUCAGAACAAUUCAUAGUGUUUUAGAAAUGUCUCCUUCGGUACUUUUGAAAGAAAUUAUAUUAGUUGAUGACUUCAGUGAUAAAGGUACUUUACAUUUAUUGAUAAUUGGUAAAAUAUAUAUUCUGGAAUGUGCAAAGUCUGAUUCGUUUUAAUACUUUUCAUACGUUUAUUGUUACCUCAAAAGCUGGGCACAUCUAAUUUGUACUCGUGUAGUUAACCUUUUUCUUGGUGGUAGCACCCUCUAAUUGAACGUGUGCACCAAGGUUCACCCCAGAGUUCUAGUGGCAAGUUAUGGACUACUGGAAGGCCUGCGGGUACAACAAGACAGUGGUUGUCCUACGUGCAACUAUCAGUGUUGGUGCAUUUCCCACUGCAUUAUUUAGGAUAUACAGACUUUACAUGCAUUAUAAAGAGAUUGCUGUAACGGAGCUCCCUGUACUCCGACUGAGUACCCUCCGUUGACGGAUGCUCCUAGCACUUCCUGAGGAAUCCAAGCACUGCAGCAGACACCACAACCACCGCAGACUCCGCAACCGCCGUAUCUUGACUGGAGUCUCGCCGUCUUCCUUCCACCCUGGAUCAGCUUCUGUCCUCCAGGACUGUGUGGGAAAGAACUCUUCUUUCCACCUUGUAUGAACCUCCAGCAUCCAGGACUGUGUGGUGAAUACCCCUCCUCGAAGGAGAGCGUGUCAGAAACAAGCUCUUAAAAGAGCUAAGUGAUUCAAGCUCAGGGGAGCAUGCAGAGCAUAGCAAUCCCCGGUGUGAUUAUAACAGCUCCCUCCAAUAACGAGACAAGGCUACGUUUAGAGGGAUCAAGAAGAACUGUCAAAACCUUUAUUUCCCUUGGGACCAGCCAAUAGGGUCACCACAAUAACAUUGUUGUGAAACCUCAAUAAAAUCACAAACAGUCAAACCAUAUCAAGCAACACACAGUGACUUAUCACAACACAAUGGCACAUUUUUAAAGGGGUGGGGGGAGACAAUAUUUAACAGUAAAUAUCUCACCUGCCUGCAGAAUUAGCAAUAUGCAAAUCUGGUGACUAUAGUGACUAUAGUGCUUGAAGCCAAUGAUUGCACUCACCAGAACAACUACAUUAAGCUGUAGUUAUUCUGGUGACUAUAGUGUCCCAUUAAUGUUCCUGCUGGAGGUCUAACUUCACCUCAGACAGGUUUAAUUAGCUAGCCGGUGCAAGAGAGCUCAUGCUAAUUCUGUAGAUAUCUACUGCAAUGACAUUUUGUCAUGGGCUGACACUCAAUGAAUGAACAUUAGUAUUGGCAUCCUGUUUCUACAGAUGGCACAGCUGCCUUUCUUGGAGGCACAGCACACAGGUGAGUGGCGAACUUACGGGUUUGCCACCUUACCAAGGAAUUGCACCAGGAUGCUACUGGCAUCAUAAUUAAUACAGAGUUAAAUGCACAAAUACAUUUUCAGGGCAUACCAUCAACACCCAUUGUUUCCCCUCACCUUUUUGCAGGUGCUUUCACAGCUCUUGCAAGACAAAAAUAAAAAAAAACAAUUUUUACAUAUUUAUAUAUAUAUUAGCCUUCACUAUUUCAUAUUAAUUUUAUAAUAUUAUAUGGGGCUCUAUAAUAACAUACGCUGGUUGCAUAGGUUAUGGUGCAAUGAGGUUCCUUGUCCCUUUCACCAUGAACAUGAUAUAUUCUAAUUGCAGUGAUUUACAAAUACUCUGCAGGUGUAUUUCAAGUGUAUGCCUGUCACUCUAGUGACUAACAUCAGAGGAGGCAGCAAUACCUCGUUCAUUGCCUGUCCAACAAUUUCUACAACUUCUGCAAAUUCCCACCUCAGCUAGCAGGCUUCCUCGUACCUUGCUUAUCUAAGUAUUCUUGGCAGUGGUUUAUGGCAUAAGCCCAGGCUCAACUGAAUUACUUUUAUUGCAGCAGCUUUAGGUUACUGCCUUUACCAAGACGUGUCAGUGUCUGACUGUGACAGCUUGCAUAACCCCAAUACUAUGAAUCAUCCGGUCACUUGGAAAUAAUUAGAGGGGUGUGCAAUAUAGCAUGCUUGAUUAUUCAUGGUUUCUUUAAAUGAUUACAUCAAUGGAAACUUGCUAAGUGCUUGUCAGGGAUAUGUUUUAUUCUAGUAGAGCAACUGGAACUUCAGCUGACACUGUUGUUCUGCCACCAUUUAAGUCAUUUCUCAAGUCCUCUAUAUGGGAAAACACUUUGGAACCUUUAGAAUGGAUUAAAUUAACACCAUUUAUUCUCCUGUGAUUUUAAGAAGCUAAACUCCAGACUGUUCAUAACGUUUAGUCCCUGUCCAUAUUACCCCUACUCAGCCUUCAUCAGGGACCAAAUAACUAAAGAAAAAUUUGAUGAGCAAUUAUUGAACUAUCCCCAACAAAUGCAGCUCAACAAGCACUUCAUAAACGUCUAGAUUUCUGCAUGCAUUUGUUUCCCCCCCCCCCCUCAAACAUUGAGUUGUAUUUAAAAGGACACUAUAGGCACCCAGACCACAUAAGCUCAUUGAAGUGUUCUGGGUGCGGUGCAGUUUCCCUAUGGUACUUAGUGCUGCAGAGUUUACAUUGCAGUACUAAGUCUGACUCCAGUGACUGUCUCCCAGACAGCCACUGGGGGUGCUUCUUGAAUACUAAUGGACCUUUGGUCCGGUAACUGAUGCUUGAUGUCCUCACACUCUGCAUGAGGACAUCCAGCGUCCAAUUUAUUUAUUUAGUUUUCCAUAGGAAAACAUUUAUUCAAUGCUUUCCCAUGGGGAGGCCUAAUGCACGCAUGGCAUUUGCUGCGCAUGCACAUUAGCGACCGCUCUUUGUGGGACAUUGGAGAAGCCGAGAGACAUCAGCGCUGGGGUAAAGUAAGUAAAUAAAGGGUUUUAACCCUUUAUUCACAUAAGCGAGGGCGAGAGGGAGAGGGGAGGCAGAGGGAGCUUUGUAUUCCUAGCCCUUAUAGUAUCCCUUUAAGCGAAUAUGCAUGCUAUGAGCAAUUUUAAAAUGUUCAGAAUGCAGUGGGUUUGAUGUUCAAUGUAACUCUGUUGCACGUAAUGUUUGUGUUUCAUUUGCCUGUCUAAGCACCACACCACAACAGCCCAUUGUUGUAGUUGAGGUAAUAGUAGGCUGUAGACUGUCUCUUAGUUGUUUGAAAAAGUGGGGGUACCCAGGCACCUGCAGGCCAUAUUGAUAAUACAGUAAUUAACUUUGCCAGUAGUAAGAUCUGUUUCAUCCAUAUAUGUAUGUAUUCAUUCAGUUAUGCCAAGUAUGUGUAGACAUUAUGCAUGAAUGAAUUAAUUUUAUAUCCUUGUGCAAAUUUUUUUCUAGUGUAUUUGAAGACUCAACUUGAAACAUAUAUCAGCUCCUUGGAACGAGUCCGAUUAAUAAGGACGAACAAACGUGAAGGAUUAGUGCGUGCACGGCUGAUCGGUGCUACUUAUGCCAUAGGUGAUGUGCUCACAUUUCUGGACUGCCACUGUGAAUGUGUCACUGGUUGGCUAGAACCACUUCUGGAGAGGUAUGUUAUAGACUGUAUCAAAAGAAAAAUUACAAUGGUACAAAAAAGUUAUUUUCUGAUAUUUAAUUUUGAUUUGUUUUGUUUUAUUCGCUUAGAUCUCCAGUUUAGGAAUUGCUUACUUCUAUUGCAAGAGACAUAGGCAUAAAACGUGUCCUGUCAUGCUAGACUAAGGGAAAAGAUUAUAAUUGAUUUAAUGGUUUGGCAUCCUGUGGAAUAAAAACAAAGGUUAUAGCUACCUGGAAACAUAUAAUGUGACGGCAGAUAAGAACCAUUCGGCCCAUCUAGUCUGCCCAAUUUUCUAAAUACUUUCAUUAGUCCCUAGCCUUAUCUUAUAGUUAGGAUAGCCUUAUGCCUAUCCCACGCAUGCUUAAACUCCUUUACUGUGUUAACCUCUACCACUUCAGCCGGAAGGCUAUUCCAUGCAUCCACUACCCUCUUAGUAAAGUAAUACUUCUUGAUAUUAUUUUUAAACCUUUGCCCCUCUAAUUUAAGACUGUAUCCUCUUGCUGUGGUAGUUUUUCCUCCUUUAAAUAUAAUCUCCUACCCACUUCUCCAUAUCCCGUAUUAAUGUCCUGAUAAGAGGUGUGUAAUUUUGUUGGUGUCAAAGAGAGGGGUCCGCCGUUAAGCAGAUUCCCAAAUAUUUAAUAUAAUCUGUCGCGAUACGUAUCUGAUAUGUCCUCCCUAUGUGCGCCGCGUCCGUAUCACUCAACCCAAUGGGGAGUGCACUCGAUUUAUGUAGGAUGACUCUGUAUCUGGCCACUAUGCCAUAAUCCAUCAAUAUCCUUGUCAGAGCAACCAUAGACUCUAGCGGAGCAGUCAGUGAUAACAGUAUAUCGUCCGCGAAUCCCGAUAUAACGUAUUUCUGCCCCCCUACUGUUAUUCCCUUGAUCUCCGGGGUUGUCCUUAUCUUGUGCAUGAGGGGUUCUAAGGAAAAUACGAAUAGUAGCUGUGACAGAGGAGAGCCCUGCCUUGUGCCAUUACUCAGUGGGAAAGGGAUAGAUUGCGCUCCCGUUAUCCGCACCUGCGCCUUGACGUUGGUGUACAGAGCUUGAAUGGUUGUGAUAAACUGGGCCGGCAUGCCAAAGUGGCGCAGCGUCUCAAAUAGGUAUGGCCAUUUGACUCUGUCGAACGCUUUUUCAGCGUCUGACAGCAUCAGUGUCGGGAUUCGUAGCCUAGCUUGUCGUCCUAUGAGAUCAAUGUUGUGUCUCGUAUUUUCAAACAGUUGCCUACCCGGCACGAAGCCUACCUGGUCCGGGUGAACCAGGCGAGUGAGAAUUGGGUUUAAUCUAAUCGCCAGUACCUUGGCUAGAAUUUUAGCAUCAUGGUUGAUCGAUGAGAUUGGUCUAAAAUUCUCUGGUAUUGAGUCAUCCUUACCCGGCUUAGGUAGCAAGACUAUGUUUGUUUGCAAGCGACAUUUCUUGAUCUGGGGUCCCCCCUUCCUGCAGAUCGUUGAACCAUGCUUCAAGGUGGGGUAAUAGCUCCUCCCUAAAAAUCUUAUAGUAGCUUCCAUCAAAGCCAUCCGGGCCAGGCGCCUUGUUGCUUUUUAAGGCUGAGAUCGCUGCGCCUAUUUCCUCUGCCGUGAUCUGGGUUUCAAGUGUUGCCGCAGCCGCCUCGCCCAGCUUUGGAAGAGGGAUUCCAGAGAGGAACUCUCGUACCCCCUCUAGUUCCCUCUGCGGGUGUGAAUCCACCCCCUGCGAAUGGUUAUAUAAUGCGGUGUAGUACCCCGUAAACACUUUGGCAAUUUCUGUAGGAUUCGUUUGGUAGAGUCCCGCAGCAUUCUUUGUAAUGUGUGUGUUCCGUUGUCGCGGUCUCAGUGCUCUUGCCAGUAGAGUAUCCAUUUUAUUGGCCUUUUCAUAAAAGGUCUGCCUAGACCAAACUAUGGCUCUCGUAGUGUUGUCAAGGAGCGUUACUCGUUUGGCAUAUCUGGCAUCUUGUACCUUCUUUAAAUUAACGUGUGAGGGGUCCAAAUUGUGCCGUUGCUCUGCCAAUCUCAAAGCAUCUAGUUGAGAUGCCACUAAUUGAGCUUUUUUCCGUUUCCUGAGUGUCGCUUCUCUAAUCAAUAUCCCUCGAAUGACGGACUUGUGAGCUGCCCAUAUUACAGCUCUGGACACCCCCGAUGCAGCUUCCCUUAGGAAGUACUCAUUUAGUUCUCUGCGGACGAUAUCAACUAUUUCCGCGUCCCGCAGCAGCGAGUUGUUCAGCCGCCAUGACCACGGGGUUGCUGUGCUUAACUUGUCCAGGGUGACAGAGAAAUCCGCGUGAUCCGACCAAGUUAUGGAUCCCACGGAUGACUCAGAGGCCCUAGAGACAACUUGGGAGUUUACUAAAAAGAAGUCAAUUCUAGAAUGUGUGGCUGUGAGUAAAAGGUAUAAUCUUUCUCAUCUGGGUGUUGAGCUCUCCAAAUGUCUAUAAGCCCUGUUUGUUGUAUGAAUGUGUGCAAUAGUCUAUCUUGUCCGGCACCUUCUGUGGGAUCAGGGAAUUCCCUUACAGGGUCCCCUGUCCACCGCCGGGGAUGGAGCCGCGUUGAAAUCGCCCCCCACGAUCACCAUUCCCUUCGUAAGUGUGUUGACAGUGUAGGUAAGUUCCUCCCAAAACUCCCUAGAUGGAUCGUUGGGGGCAUAUAAAUUGAGGAUAUGAAUUGCGUGGGAAUACAAGAAUCCCGACACUGAUACAAAGCGUCCCCCUGGGUCGAUUCUAACUCCACUAAUUCUGAUCGGGCACCUCCGAUGUAUCAGUAUGGCUACGCCAUUCCGUUUAUUGAGGGCUCUCGCUUCAUAUGUGGUAUUGUAUGUAUAAUCUUUGAGAGCGAAAUUGGCCGUUUUAGGUAGAUGUGUCUCCUGUAGGAAGGCUAUAUCUGGAUUCAAACGCUUCACUUCCCUAAACAUGAGCCGUCUUUUCUUAGGUGCAUUCAAGCCCUUAACAUUUAGAGAUAUCAACUUAAUAGGCAUGGGUAAAUCCGUGGUGUGCCACCCCAACCAACAUCCUGGCACCUUGAUUACUAGAUUGAGCCCCUGGACCUCCCCCAUCCGUUCCCCCGGGGAGUGUAAAGGAAGGGAGAGAAGAGAUAGGAUAGAAGGAGGGUAGAAAAAAGAGUAAGAAAAAGUAAACUUUGUACAUAAAUCGCCUGGGCUUACCUGUAGCCAGGCACGAUUGGGGUAAAUGUCCCGCCACCCCCAGUGCUUCGAAGAACCCUGGGGUGUACGGGGCAUGGACCAGCCAAUGUGGGCACUGUGUCAGUGCCAACUGAAACAUCAAGAAUAAACACCACCACCUAUGUGGCUUGUAACGAAUAUAAUAAAAACAGUAGAGCCGCCCCAAUGGGCGCAGUUAUCCGCCCAAGAUCCUCGCCCAUAUUUUAUCGCCCAUUAUUUCUUAUAUGGGAUAUAGGCCUCUUCCCCAUUUCUCUCCUUUUUCUUUAUGUAUUCAUCAUUUUUUCUUGCUUUUUUUUUUUUUCUUUUUUUUUACAUUAUGUCUUUCUUUUUUUUUUUCUUCUUUUUUAAGAUUUUCCUUUUUUUUCCAUUUUUUUCCCCUUCUUUCUCUUUCCCCUCUUUCUCUCUCCCCCCCUUCUUCUUCUCCCUUAUCUCCCUCCCCUCCUUCUCUUGCUAAUACCAGUAUCUAAUGUGGAGGGCCGCCAACCAGCCAUUCACUGGGGGUGGGCGGGUCGGAAGCCUCCGCAAAAAUCUGAGUUUUUUUUAUAAUUACUAAAUGUUAACUUUUUUUUUUACUAUUUUGGCCAUAUCUGCGUAGUACCACAGUGGUUUCUUGAAUUUUUUGCUUUUACUGACCAGCCUAAUGCAAUUUUCUGUUGCCUUCAGCAGUGCAACUUUUAAAUAAUCCAAUUUCUCUUGGACUCCAUUUAAAUUGCUCCAGUCUGAUAAUGACUCCUUUACACAUAUUCUAAUUUUAGAAAAGUCUGUUUUUUUAAAGUCUAAAACUUUUGUUUUUGUGUGGUGUGACUCAGUCACUGUUCUUAUAUUAAACCACACUGACUGAUGAUCACUGGAUCCUAAACUUUCACCUACAGUAAUAUCUGAUACAAAAUCUCCAUUUGUUAACACUAAAUCUAGUAUGGCCUCUUUACGAGUUGGCUCCUCAACGACUUGUUUUAGAGACAAUCCCAGUAGGGAGUUUAGGAUAUCUGUGCUCCUGGCACAAGCAGUUAUUUUGGUUUUCUAAUUCACAUCAGGAAGAUUAAAGUCACCCAUGAUGAUAACUUCCCCCUUCAUUGUCAUUUGAGCUAUUUCCUUUGACUAGUAGAUUAUCUAACUUUUCUAUUUGUCCUGGGGGGCCUAUAAAUCACACCUACACGAGUUACUGUGUGAUUACCAAUUUCUAACGUAACCCAAACGGACUCUAUGUUCGCCUCACUAACUUUUCUUGGGCUAGAUUUUAUGCUAUCUUUCACAUACAGGGCCACCCCCAUUUCCUGCCUUCCCUGUCUUUUCUAUAUAAAGAGUACCCUAGUAUUGCUAUGGCCCAGUCAUUUUUCUCAUUAUACCAUGUCUCAGUAACAGCGACUAAAUCUACAUUAUCAGUUGCCAUUAUUGCCACAAGUUCAUGGAUCUUAUUCCCUAAACUGCGAGCAUUUGUAGACCUGACUCUCAUCUUAUCAUUUUUUAACACACUUGCUACCAGCACCUUCUGUCCUUGUUUUGGGGGGCAAUUGGAUUGAUGUUUUAUCACCCUUUUGCUCCCCCUCCUAGUUUAAAUACAUCCUAGCAAAACCUCUGAACUGCUCACUGAUAACAUUUGUUCCCCUUCAAGAAGGAUGCAAACCAUCUUUUUUGUACCAUUUAUUUCCAUUCCAAACAGAGCUACCAUGAGAAAUAAAGCCAAAUCCUUGCUUCCGACACCAUUCACCAAGCCACAAGUUUAAGUCCCUAAUACGCAUCCGCCUGUCGUUCUGAGUGUUAUACACAGGCAGAACUUCAGAGAAUGACAGUGUGGAAGCAACCUGCCGUAUAUCAUUGGCAAAAACACUAAAAACUUCCUUAACCUCUGAAACCUCAUUGCAAGCCAAGUCAUUUGUCCCUAGAUGGACAAGUACAUCCAAUUCCCCUUCCUGCUUUGCUUGCUUAACAAUAUUACAGAUACGUCUCCUGUCUCUGUGAGCAGUAGCUCCGGGAAGACAUCUCACAAGACCACCAUUUUCCAUCUCCACCCCUCUUAUGAUGGAAUCCCCCUCCAACAACAACUUCUAUUAGGCCUCACCAUAGUCUCCAAGCCUGUCUCCACAACACCACUACACUUGGUGCCUGAGCUUGUCUCAACAACACCACUACACUUGGUGCCUGAGCCUGUCUCCACAACACCACUACCCUCCGUGCCUGAGCCUGUCUCCACAACAACACUACCCCCCGUCCAUGUCUCCAUAACACCACUACACCUGGUACCUGAGAAUGUCUCCAUAAGAGUUUGUUUACCAGAUAAUUUACAAAUCUCAGAUUUCAAAAAUACAAUCUCCUGCCGCAAUAUAGAGAACGGUCUACAGAUUAGACCGCAUCCAAAUCUCCAAAAAGUGGAACGUGAAACAAAUGCAUAACAACUAUUACACUGAACUAAAUCUGACAUUUCAAUGAGGUAAAUAAUUUAAAUCAAACAAAUCUUACAUUUUUGUCCUCCUGAAUACCUCAAAUUACCUCCAGUUUAUCUCCAGAAUAUCUCCAACCACACACUUAGAAGCAGCACUCUCCAGAAUAUCUCCAACCACACACUUCGAAGCAGCACUCUCCAGAAUAUCUCCAACCACACACUUAGAUGAAGCAACCAAGCUAUAUAAGCCAAGCUAAUGACAACAACCCUUAUAGAACUCCUAAAAGCACCACCCACUAGGAAUGUUUAACACCUGGGUAGGCCUAUGCUUAUUUGCAAACAAUAGCUAAUUAAGCAACAAUCAAUAGUAAGUAUUUAGCAAAUGAAAUCGAAUGCCUUACUAAAUUACCAACAGGAAAUCAAACCUUGUACAAUCAGUAACAUUUUCCUACAGAUGAAUCUUACCUGUAACAGUAGAAAAGAAAACUCCUAGCAAACUCUUAGACAGUUGAAGCUUCUGUAAAACUCUCCAGAAUAUCUCCAACCACACACUUAGAAGCAGCACUUAGAUGAAGCAACCAAGCUAUAUGGAACUAUGAGAGUAUGAUGAUGAGAGUGUUUAGUUAAGAAAAGUGUAAGCAAAGUGGCUUACAACAGAAUGUAAGAGACAUUCAUUCAGUGAGAUUAGACAAUGGUUUAAAGGGACCCUCUAGGCACCAUAACAAUUUAAUCAGUUAUGGUGCUAAGAGGCUCCUGGCGCCGACUUACCAUUAGGAAUUAGACUGUUAAUGAAUAACUUAACCCGUAAGUGUUGCAUCCAGCCCUCUUAGAUCUGCCUCUCUACUUCCGCUUUUGUCAAGGCUUGAAUCCGGAAGCUGUAAAAGGGUCCGCUACUGAUUGACUUAAAGCAUCAGCUGACCCAAUCAGUAGGUCCCCAUUAACAAAACUGCUUGAGAAAAAUAUGCACUUCUCAAAUUUCUCAAGCCAUUUUUUAAAUGGGGUGCAAAUGAUUUAUUUAGUGUCACCUAACACAGCCAAUCCUCUGUUCCACUGUCCUAAGCUUCUUGUUUCAAGGCUCUAUUAAAAGUGAAAGGAGAGUGGCAGAGCUAACCGGCAUUAAAUCCAAUACUUUGGGGUUAAGCCAGGGCUCAACAAAUCCCAGGCACCAUGGCGACUAGAAAUUUUGUCAUGGUUCCUGAGAUUUUUUUUCCUGACAGCCCUUUAGCAAAGGCAGUUGCCCACACAGGGUUGCAUGGUAGCCGACUGCCAGCCUGGGGUUGCGUGGGAAGCGGUGAGCGAGGGAGCAGUAAUCUUCCUGCAGUUCUACUAUGCUCACUCACUGUUUAGUAAUGCCCAGAGCCAGAAUAUGUUGUCACUACAGAGUGCACACCGGCGAACAGAACUGCAGGAAGAUGAUCGGACAAGUCCCACUGGACCUUAGGAAAAGAUCAACACAGCUCUAGCAAAGGUAGGGAGGGUGGGUGGACAUAAAUGAAAAGAAAAUGUGUGUGUGUGUGUGUGUGUGUGUGUAUUUGUCCUCUGUGUAUGUCUGCCUGUCUCUCUCUCUCUCUGUGUCUGUCUGUCAGUGAGUGUGUCUGUUUAGGUUUUACGUUACAACACUAAGUGCAAUAGAGACACAGCACCCAGACCACUUCAGCUCACUGAAGUGGUCUGGGUGCCUACAGCUUCCCUUUAAUGUGUUGAAGGAGACCAGUGCUUGUAAAUAUAUGACAUGUUUAUUGUAGAGUUACAAACCAGUUUCCAUAGCUUAUAUUGGAGAUAUGUGCUGAUGCAGAUAAGUAUUGAAACCAGUCUUGGUCUUUGAGCCUUUCAGUAGAUAGCUUCCUGAUACCGUGGGAAUUGGGGAGCUAUUUACUAAGCAUCUGCAAGAUGCAGAGUCGGCAAAAAUAGGAUUGGCAUUUCAUUCAUUCAAUGAAAUUCCGAUCCGAAUAGAAAGUACAGAAUUGCAUCCUAACAUGAACGAAAAAAACUGUUCUCAUUCUGUUGGGGCGAAAUUCUAUGUCUAUGUGACAGGACGUUCGGGAAUACUGAGAGGAAGCAUCGCGAGAUCACUGAGGAAAGGGUGAAUAUUGUGGGAAAAUUUCUCUGACCCGCAGGAAGUAGGUCAGAACUGGUCAGGCGUAGGAAAAAUACAUAAUAGAAAGUAGUCCCUACUUUGUCUUAUGUUUUAAAGAAAACUAAAUCAGAUAGGAAGAAACGUUUAACAGAUCCUGAGAGAGGGAGAGAAGCGGAAGCGAUUGGGAAAAGGUAAGUUCGGCAUGACCGUGCCGCUUUAAUUUGCUUAAAUGGGCAUUUGUUUUGUGUGUAUUUUUAUUUGUUUUUUUUAAUUCCACCUUAUGCUAGAGAUUGCACACUUUCAUUCUGGUAAUAUGUAAUAAAAGUGAGGUCAAAUAUUUUAUCAAGGUUAUUAGAGGUGUGGCAAGAUGUUUUAUGGGAUGGUAAAAGUAGUUUAUAAUGGAAGUGUUGUAUGUUGGGUGAUCAAAAUUUUCUUGUUUUAUUGCACUUUCCAAAUGUAGGAUUGCGGAAAAUGAAACUGCAAUUGUCUGCCCAGUGAUUGAUACCAUUGAUUGGAACACGUUUGAGUUUUAUAUGCAGACAGGAGAGCCAAUGAUUGGAGGAUUUGACUGGCGUCUGACCUUCCAGUGGCAUGCAGUCCCCGAGCAGGAGCGCCAAAGACGGAAAUCCAGGAUAGACCCAAUCAGGUAAUGCUCUUUACUAUCAGUUUGGCCAAUCUUCAGCAAAGACAUAGUCCAAGAAUUUGACAGCUGGGACAAGACCAACUUUUGAUUAUUUUAAUUUUAUUUUUAAUAAAAUAAAAAAAUAUUUUUUAAUAAAUAUGUAAGUUUGCUAAUGUUUCUACUAGAAUAAUAUACAGGUGAAAUUACAAGAUUCUAAAUUUGAAAAGUGUUCUGUAUCAUGGCAGGUACACUUGAAGAGAAACAGAAACUUUGUAGUGGAUUUUGUCCAAAAUUUGGAUAAUCUAGUUUGUGCAGUAUAAGUCAUAUAUUUUUCAUCUACAUAUAUAAGAUGUAGGCAUCUGCUUUAAAUUAAAGAAAUUAUGAUUUGCAUAUAAUUUGAGGUUUCGGGGGGAUAGCAUCAUCUUUUUUUAGUAAGGCAGUACGUUACUUAUACAGCUAAAUAAAUACGUGAUUCAGACUUUGCUUAGUUGGCUCUGCAACUUUGAUUUUAGUCUAGACAAACUCUAAUACUGACAGAAAUACCGGAACAAACGCCUUCACGUCACGCUCUUGCUGGGAUCAUGUACCCACCCUGGGCGUCCCCUUUCAUUGCUAAAGCUCUUAAGAUAUUUAAUGUGAUUGAAAUGUUUAUCUGUUUCAGUGCUUUUCUUCUGACUCAAAAGCAUUAGGUAAAUCUUGAAAAAGAAAAGUAUCAAUCAUCUGAUUUGCAAAACUAGAUAUAAUAUAUUUACUGAAAUAUUAAUGAUUUCAAAAUCACAAAAUAUCAAGCAGCCCUCAACAACAGCCCAGGCAAUUGAAACUAGACUUGUCCAUUAGUGCCACGUUUGUGCCGUUUAAAUCUAAUUUCUGUCUCUUUUCUUUGUUUUCAAGUUAUUAAAUUAACUAUUUUAUUAUGGUACAAAAGCACAAGGACAUAAAAAACAAGCUGGUUAAUUAAAUCUGCGCAUGUGUCAUUCAAGUAUCCAUUCUUUCAAAUCUCUCACAAUCACAAAUAUACACACAAACAAUCAGACCUAUACACACACACACACACACACACAAUAACAGAUGCACACAGACACACAUACAAUCACAUGCAUGCACAAUCACAGACCUAUACACACAGUCACAAACCUAAACACACAUCACAAAUAUGCACACACACACACACAUACAAUCACAGACCUAUACACACAAUCACAGACCCACACACAUGCUUGCAAUCACACACAGGAACAUACACACACACAAUACAGAUACAAUCACACACAUACAUUCACACACACAAUCACACUCACCUACACGCACACAAUCACAGACCUAUACACAUAGUCAUAUAUAUAAUCACAGACCCACACACAUCACAGGUGCACACAGACAUACACACACAAUCACAGACCCACACACAAUCAUAGAUACAAACAAUCACAGACCAAUAAACACAUAAUCACAGAUGUGUAUACACACAGAUACACAAACACAAUUACACACACAUGCAAUCACAGAACGAUCCAUACACACAGUCACCGACACACACACCUUUAUACACAAUCACAUACAUACAAACAUGUAAUCACAGAUAUACACACACAAUCACACACCCACAUACAUUAUCACAUACAUUAUCACAUACAUACAUUAUCACUGACUUGCACACACACAAUCACAGAGAUACACACUGACCCUCCACACACACACAUUUACUGACAAAACAUACACACACAUUUUGUACUAAAGAGGUCAACCCAGCCUGGCAUUUCAAUUGACUCUCUUUCAUUUUCCUUUUCAGGUUUCAAAUGAUAAAAAACUGAUUUAUAUUCAAAUGAAAGUGCUUCUUUAAAAGCUUACUUUACCUCCCUCUAAGGAUUACUAAAUGUGUAGCACUUUGUCAGGGUUGGGGCAAUUAUUUAGUUAUUUAUUUAUAAAAUAUUUUACCAAGAAGGAUGCAGUGAGAUUUCUCUCAUUUUCAAGUCAUUUCCUGUGCCCACAAACAUUACAUUGUUAUGAUUGGGUACAAUAUAAUAUUAUUACAUUAAAUUAAAUAUUAAGGCUUAUUGUAUUUGUUUUGGUGAGUAUAAUCAUCCCUUUCAGGCUUUUUGCAGUAAUCACUGUCUUUUCAGACAGUGCAGUGUUUACAUUUUAACCUAGGGAUACCUCCACUUGCCACUCCUCAUAUGGCUACUAGACGUGCUUCCUAGGGCAGUGCUGCAUUGUGUGCAACACUGACAUUUAGUGUCUACACUCUGCAUGGAGAUACUGAACUUACUGCAUUGAUUCGGUGUGUCUCUAUGAGGAGAUGCUGAUUGUCCAGGGAUAUGUUUGGCUUGUGCUGGCUCUGCCCCGAUCUGCCUCCUUGACAAGCUAAGCCAAUCCAAGCAUUGUGAUUGGCUCAGAACACUACUUUUGAUGAUGUCAGCAAAGCAGGCAGAUAAGGGGCAGAGCCAGCAGCAGCAGACUGGAGUAAAGGUACAAUUUUGCUAUAUUUAGGGGCAGCUAGAUAGUGUUUUUAACACUAUAGAGUCAGGAAUACAUGUUUGUUUUUCUGACCUUAUAGUGUUCCUUUAAAAAUAAAAAAUAAUAUUAAAAUACACAUACGGUCAUGGGGAAAAGAAAACACACCCUCUUUGAUUUCUAUGGGUUUACAUAUCCAGACAUAACAAUCAUCUGUAACUUAGCAGGUGUUAAAACUGGGCAAAUACGACCUCAGAAGGAAAAUGAGGAUCGAGCUACUUUCGUUUUGGUACAUUAAGUAAACUGCUGGUACUAGAUCGGAGGUUACGAGGUGGGAACAGCUAGGGCGAGAAUUCUACUUUGGUUGGGAAACGCUCUUAAACACAAGGAUGGAAAGUUGAAAGGUGUCUGUAUCCCAGCACUAGCCAGUUUAGCUUUUUUAACAUUAAAAGGACACUAUAGUCACCAGAACAACUACAGCUUAUGUAAUUUGUUCUGAUGUGUAGAAUCAUUACCUUCAGGCUUCUUGCUGUAAACACUGUCUUUUCAGAAAAAAUGCAGUGUUUACAUUACAGCCUAGUGAAAACUUCACUGGCCACUCAUCAGAUGGCUGUUAGAGAUCCUUCCUGGGUCAUGGCUGCCUAAAAUGCAUCCAAACAUUCAGUGUCUCCUCCCUCUGCAUGCAGACACUGAACUUUCCUCAUAGAGAUUCAUUGACUCAAUUCAUCUCUGUGAGGAGAUGCUGAUUGGCCAGGGCUGUGUUUGAAUCAUGCUGUCACGAUUUGUGGAACCCAACACGCUGGCACACACACACACACACAGAAAAGGUGCCGUACCGGACCUUAGAGUGGCCGGGCUAAGCACGCUAAGAUUAGUCAGGAGACAAGCCAGGUAAAGGGAGCCAGAAAACAGGAGAACGAGAAACAAGCCGAGGUCAAAGGAGUGGAGAAGACAGAAUAAUCGGAAUAACGAGCCAAGUAAUCGGUAACCAGAGAGCAAGACGAGAACAGUACGCUACAGGGAUCACAAGACCACAACAGGGCACUGAGGGACAGGAAAGGUAAGUAUAAAUACCCUUGGUUUAAUUCUGAUUGGAUAACUUCCAAUCAGAAUUAACAAUCACACGUGGGGGAUAUCUAUACCCCCCACUGUGAUUGUGGUACUGUUUCUUUAACGCCGGGUCACUCACGUGACCCCGGCGUUUACAUAAUUAAUUGACCUCCCAGCGUGCAGCGUUAUACAUGCUGCCGCUGGGGGGCGUGGAGGACGCGAGCGGCAGAGAGGAGACGCCGCUCGCCGAGAGGUAAGCAGAGGGGAGACCGCGGGCGGCAAUGGAGUGUGGGUGAGUGCUGCAAGUGGCGUGCAGCCUCCCCUCCUAGCCGCCCGCGGAUCCCCGACACAUGCUGGCUCUGCCCCGAUCUGCUUUUGUCAGUCUCAGCCAAUCCUAUGGGGAAGCACUGUGAUUGGAUCAGGCUACCACUUCUGAUGAUGUCAGCAGACUGUUUUUUUUUUUUUUUUUUUAGGCAAACAAUGCAAAGUUACAGCUUCUGACUUGAAUAGCACUAGCACUAAACUAGCCAGUUUAGCUUUUUUAACAUUAAGAAAAAGAAAAUUUGAUAUAUAUACAAUCACAUGCAUGCACAAUCACAGACCUAUACACAUAUUAUCUUAAUAAUCAAAGCACCACAAAUCUUCAUUUUUACAGCACAAAAAAGCACAAAUGUAGCACCAACAAAAAACAAUGGAUUUGUGCUGAUUGGGGGUAGGCAGCUUCACACAGCCUGAUUUGGAACAUAUUUUGGUAGCCUUUUAAAUCUACUCUCUUGAAGUCUAAAUCCACUCAUUUUGUUAGACUUUUCUGUUACUAUUUCUGAUGGUUCAACUCCAGGGUGUUUUAUUUAAAGCAAUUCUCUUGUGUAUCACUGCUUUUUAUAGAGGCAGACAGAGGAAGUGUAUCUGUGUGUGCGAAUGUAACUGUAGGAGAGAUUUCAUAUUAGCUGCUGAAACAAAAUGUUAUUUUAGCAAGUCUGAUCUCAUCUCAUGUCAGUUUCUGCUGAGCAAUACAAUGCAAUAUGUUCAUUUCAAGGGACACUAUCAGGGUUAAUUGCUAAAGUAAGCAUCCAAAUUGAAUUUCAAAUUCAAGGCUAGAGUAACCAAACUGAAAGCAUAGCUGACCUAAAGAUUUUCCAGUUUAACUAUUUUAAUUUAAAAUGUACAUUAAAUUCUCACUUUAGUGAAUAGCUCUGUGUUAUCUAGACAUGAACCUUUUUUUAACAUUACAUGAAAAAUGCAUUAAAAAUACUUCCAAAUUGAGGAGCAACAAUGGCGUCCCUGCACAGAGGAUGCUCCGAUUUCUCGGAUGGGACAUCCAACGAGGGGAAAGGGAGCUUUAUGCCAGCCAGUGUGCCGCCACCGCUAGAGAGGCCACGGCAGCCUGCACCAACCCCCACACCGGUGACCAUGGAGGCCAUCGUAAGACCUUAUGGCCACCCACCAUGGGAAAAUCUCAGCAGAGGUUGCCUCGAUCAGAGAGGACCUGAGAGGCUGGGAACCGCCGAAAGCACCUCCAGAGACUACACACGCCAAAUUGCGGAACUGCAAGCAGCGGUCCACGACCUGAAACAACAGGCGAUACUUCAUGAUCAGCAACUGGCCGCACAAGAAGACAAGCGGCGCCAAAACAACUUGAAACUACGAGGUAUAUCAGAGGCCAGGCACCCACACUACACCAGGCGACUGUUAACCGCGCUACUAACCCCAAAGGCGGCAAAAAUUAUCAUGCUGGAUGGGAUCUUCCGCAUACCGCGGCCAGCUACUGCACGACCUGCGGCUACAGGGGAUGUAAUUCUCCACUUUCAAAAUGCAAGGGACAAAAGGGCAGUGAUUGACGCCAUUAAGGGCCAACCAACAUAUACCUUUGAGGAAAUGACCCUAUCGUUUUACGCGGACCUAUCAAGUGGGACACUGACCUGGAGACAGUCCUUCGGGCCGUUCACCUCCCUCCUACGACAACACUGAAUCCGGUACCGCUGGGGAUCAGGCCGAGCGCUACGCAUAGAGGGCGCAAGCGGCCCAUUGCUCAUAUGGAAUCUACAAGAGGCCACAGGGGACUUCGAAAAGCUAAACCUCCCACUGAUGACUCUGGACUCCCCUGACGAUAUCGAAGGGACCCGCACGCUGCCUUGGGAAGAAUGCGGCCAGCGCACCGGAAUUUAUACCAAGGCAACGACCCGUAACACCUUAUGCGGCAGCCACGACCUAACUCUGGACUAAGAGCUUAAGGACACUCACCGGGAUGCACUCCCCUUCUCUGCCGAGCAACCAUAUGGCAGGCGGCUCUAAGGCCAUGCACCCUCGCACCUGCCGGGAGUGAACAAGACUACUUGAUUGCAUUAUUUGUUUUAUUGACUGUUUGUUUGUUUUACUGACUUAACCCACAUUCCACUAUACUUUUAGUCUUCACUGGAUGGCCACCCAGAUGCUCCGAACGUAACUGCAAAUACACUGACAGAGAACUGGGCCCAGAUCAGGCCAACAACCAGAGAACGCCCUCCCCCUCUCCCCUUUAUUUCCCCUGCCCCCCUCUCGGGUGUCAUAAAAGGAUCGGCCCAACAUCGAGACUCCCGUCAACACCUCGAGAUACCUCCCAAGCAGCACUACACAGACUACUCCACCUCAAUGAUGCACACAAGGUCACACUUACAGGUUGGGACAGAACAGGGGAACCACGGUGACCGCACACCGACGGGGAUUCCAUAAGGCAGGCACGACGCACGAGCCCUAAGCAGCGGGCAGAAACACCAGACGUGUACACAUAACAUAUCACAUACACUUAAGCAACAUAUCACAUUUAAAGUAGAAGCCUUAUGAAAUCACACCACAUAGUGACCCCGACACCACAAACGUACCAACUUAUUCAGUGACAGUCAACCGGUCCUUAAAGAGGACACUUGAGCUAAGCUUCCCGAACAGACUCACGAAUGCCACUGUAUGACUUUUCCUACCAGACCAGAAAGUGUCUGAAAUACUUUCAUCUGAUUCUGUUACUGUCUUCAUAUUCUAUAUGAGCUUUUACAUAUCCAAUAGUCCUGAUCGGCUGACACUCUCUCACUCCUGGCACCAUAAACACUAGAGUGAGCUGUGUGUUAUGUUGUUUGGAGUGUUCUUUUAAUUUCAGUCAUGAAUGAAGAUGCUUGUGUCAAAUUAAAAACUAUAAUGCUGAGGCUUCUCUUGCCAAGUGUUUAUUUCUGUAAAACAUUUUAUUGAAUCAAUUUAAUCGAACCUGGGGGUGGGGCCUGACUGCCAUGAGGGAAAGUCAUAUCCAGGACGAGCUCCUCAACUACACUGCAACAAAAAGUGAUUCCAAGCUCAAUCUAGCUCGUUUUGGGACAAAACUGACCAAACUCUUGGCUCUACCGUGGUAAUUGAGGCCUAGUGCCCACUGGAUGGGAGAGUGGGUGAUCUCCCGAACCAGAGAUGCCCAGAGGCUGACAGAACCACACAAGUGCCCUGCUAUCCUCCCUUUGAACCAGUGGGGGGGGAUUCCGGUCCAUCCAUAAGAGGCUACCCAGCUUGAGAAGCAGCACGGUGGGACACCAUAAUCACAUCAUGACUUGCCAUUGCAACGACAUUUCUUUAAAGCUGGACAGACUUUUCUCCAAUUUCUGGUGACCACUGGAAUUCCGGAGGCUCCACUCAGCCCCAUUACUACUGGAUAAUAACUCAUCUAGGAGUUCUCCUCUAGAGUCCUUGUCUGCACUAGUGGCGAAGACCUCAUCAUGGUGGCAGAACAGGCACCGCGUUUCACGCAGACACAAGACCGCAUAGAAGCAUACACCUAAUCAGACUAAAGCAGGAACGCACCGCAGGUCAAGGGUACUAGGGGGAACCCCUAACAUGGCUAGAGAUUCAACCUAUCUGUUCUCAUCUUGGCUUCAUGACUUACAGUAUGCCUCCUUAUUGCGUGACUAUGCUCUGCCCUUGGGGGGUAUGGGUUGAAAGGGGCUGUGAGACUGAGUGUGGCAAAUGUGCCUAUGCCACAAGCUGCUGGAGGAGCCAGCUAGCUAGCCUCCAGCCCAAAGACUAUGGGCCAUAUACAAAGACCCUGUUCGUGAGUUAAAUCUCCUUAGCCGCCAUUAGCAGCUUUCUCUGGGUGUCCCUGAGUGGAACCAAAAGCUGGCUUUCUGAUGGCUGUUCGCAUGAACCAAAUCCACGAAUUGUCCUCAGCGGCACUUAGGCGCGAUCAUUAUGGAACAAAAUUCGGCAUGUGGACUUCAUGGGUUCCCGGACAACUUAGUUUGCGGUUUUGAACCACUUUGAAAUCCACCAGGAGAGCACUUUUUGGAGGGAAGGUGUCUGAGACUAAGGGGGGGAAAAAACGCUACCUAAGAGCCAGCUGGAGCACCACGUAUUGCGGCUGCAGGAGCUCCCGAUAGUUGACCUGCCAUAGCACCAAACGCCCUGGAACUUGUUUGGGCAUAGGACAACGUGUGAGGCCGGUCAGAACUUUAACACUGUGGCAUUUCCCCUACACUACAUGGAUCUGAGCGCUAUCUGGAGAACUUGGGUGCUCAGAUCAGGGCUAUUGGGGAUGUAUUAUUUGUGGGGUUAUUUAUUUUAAUGAUGUUUUGGGAUAUUUUUUAUUUAUUUUUUGUAAAUUCUUUAUUUUCAGUUUUUUCAAUUGUACUUUCAGAUAAUUUAGAGUACAGAAUAAAGAAUGUGGGGAGGGUACUCAACAUGGGGGUUUACACAUAAUUAUUCAUUUUGUAGUACAAUAGGGUUUAGGUAUAGAGUUUUUGUAUAUUCAUUACAUUUGACGAUUACCCCUCUGAGUUAUGAUUUUGGUGGGUCAUCUGUUUGUUUCGUCAUUUGGGGCAUUUGUGAUGCCUUUCCUUUGGUAUUAUUUUGUCCUCAUCCAACUGUUAUGAGCUUGUGGUCUGUGUUCCCCUUUGGGGUCUAUAGGUGUUGUAUAGGGUGUUGGAGUGUGUGGGUGUCUGGUGGUGUUUAGGUCAUUUGGUGUCUUUGGGUGUGCCAUGUUUGGCUUUUGGUAGUGUAGAAGGUGUGGGUUGUGUUGAGGUUUGUGGUAGGUCUUAGGUCUUUCGGGGCUUAAUCCCAGGUCCUUAUUGUCAGUCUUUAAUAUUUAGGUAUUCAUGGUGUGGGUGUUGUGAGUGUCGAUGGUGUGUCUAGUGCAGUGAUUUAGGUUUUCAUUUGGUGUCUUGUGGGUUAAUUGUUCAGAGUACGUGGUAAAGGUUUGUAGGAGUGUUUUGGGGUAUUUUUAUGUUUGUUUGCCUCUGCUCCUGGGAGAUAAUUGGCUUACUGGUCUUUAACAGAAUUAUCUCCCAGGCACAGAGAUCUUUGGAAGGGGCUUGCAUUGUAUUGUGUGGAGACCCCCUGCUCGUGGUUGUGUGUAUAAGCAGGCAAAUUGGCCUUAAUAAACCCUUCAGAGACACCCCAGCAAAGCUGCGCUGGUUAGGGCCUGAAGCACUCCUGUGUCCCAGAUGAGAGCUAAAAAGCGAGCUUGAUAGAGGUACCCAGUCAGGAUGCCAUGCGGUCUAUUACACGAAGAAGUUCUUUGCCACUCUCUUCUUUCCCUACAUAACCAAUGUGGUAAAGCUUCUUGAUCUUUUAACUAGCUGCCUACAUGUGCUCAUCCUAAUUUGUUAAUUGUCAUCUUUACAUGUUUCUGUCUUGAUGAGCAGUCUUUACAAGUCCUCGUUUGUCACAUCAUUUAGCUAAUAUGGGGCCUCCCUAUAGAAUCAUUAUGUUGUUCCUACUAUAGUUAGUUAUAGUUUAUCUUGUUUAUUACUAACAAAAGUGCAGUGCUUUGACAUUUUCAGUUACAUUUUUACCUGUUGUCUGUAGAUAUGCAAAAAUGUCUGAGAGCUAUGAAUGCCUAACUAUGCACAACUAUAAUAAAGAAUGACAAAUAAUCAAACCUGUGCAAAUACACAAAAGUUGCACAAACUUUCAUACACAACUAUGAAACCACUUAAAACAGUUGGCUUUUGUCUUGCACAAAUAAAAUCUCAAACUUAGCUGUAGUUACACUGUGGCUAUUUUAACUUAAACUUUACAACUAUUAUUUUUAUCUUUCACUUAACAAGUCAGUAUUUUAGUGUAUAAACCACGAUGAGAUGAUCGCAGAACUUUGGCCAACUUACCUAUAAUUACAAUCCCAAAGUGAUUUUAAAGCUGAAUGUUUUAUCCUGACUUAAGUAAUAAUUCCCUUUCUGUGAGGGCUGUGGUACCUCCUAUAGCCGUAACCUAAUUUUCAAGUUUUCAGAUGAAUGAAAUUGUCACUUGAAUUUUUCUUGUGAACAUCUGACAGGAUCAGUCAUUCUUAACAGAGUUCUGACAGAUUCAAGUUUGGCAGUUUUUUUUUGUUUGAAUCGCAGAUGUUUUUUGAAUUGUGAAGUUUCCUUUGAUGUACAUAAUGCUUUAAUUAACUUGGCAUAAGUGCAGUUAUUUAUAAGAACACCUUUAGAGAGGAAAAAAACAAUUUUAUUUAUGAAGCCAUACAGUAACUAUGCAUACAUAUACUUUAUUGAAUAGUUAAAAGGACAUGUAUCCAGUCUUACCUACUAAAAUUAGAAAAAAAUAUUUGCAUAGUUUAGACAGCUCCUCAGAGCUGUCAAUCAUGCAGCCAGAUGAAGAUGUCAUAGGCUAGCAGCAAUUAUUUUACAAAUUACUUCAGUUUUAAGGCAGUCACACAGAUGUCAGUAGGCUUAGGUUACUGUGUGUGUACCAUCACCUUUGCAAUCCUGCAUAGCUGUGAUGUUGCCUAGAGUGGCUCAUUUGAUGUGACACUUUAAGCAUCAAAACUAGUACAGUUUAUUGUAGUAGUUAUGGUGCAUGAAGUCUUGUUUCUAUCAAACUGCUUUCACCCUCCAGAACUUUGAAUAGAUAAUGUAAACAUUAAACUUUUUUACUACCUGAGCUGAAGGCGAGAGGCUAGGCAUUGUGUGCCUCUGUAGCCCCACUUUUGUCAAACCACGCAGAUUGACAGGAAAUUGGGGAUAGGGGACAGAAGCAUAACCUGUUCUAUUAACUGAAGCCUAAUUUUGAGUGACUGCCUCCUUUGGACACUACAAAGAUGUUAUAGUGCAGAAUCCCUAUUUUUGAUUAUUGGUGAAACUGUUCAUCAUGCUUUUCAAAUGCUUAAUUAUUUUAGACCACUUUUCAUAUCCAUGUAUAUGUAUUACAUUAUCUGUAAUGAAACUGAAGACCAACACAUAUUCUACAGACUUUAAAGGGACAGUGCAGGCACCAAAACAACCUAUGCCCCUUGCAUUUUUUAUUUUGUUGUAUGCUCCUUUGUCCUGGUUUCCCUUCAUUCUGUGUUUUAUUAGUAAAUCAGAUUUUUUUAUUAUUAUUAUUAAGGUUUUUUACAUGAAUAAUACAGAUAGCAAAAUGUAACAUGCAGGUCAUGAAGAAGUUAUGGUCAAAGAUCAAUUAGAUAGCAAAUAUGUUUAAACCAGGAGAAAAUGAUAGCUACAUCAGGCAACCCAUCCCAUGGAGGCAUUAACAAAUAACUGCAUUGACACUCCACUACCUAUCAGACAUGAAAGAAACCAAAUUAAAGUAUGCAAUCAACUAGGGUAUGUUGAUCCAGGAAUCGGGAGGAACGUUUUCCCCUGUUUUGUCACUAUUAAGGUGCAUUAGCAUCAAAAAUAUUUACAUAUGGUUGAACGGGUGUGCAAUUCUAGAUAUCCGUGAUCAACUGGUAAGAACCCAACCAUGCAGAGCAAAGCCCAAACUCUCACCAGAUCCUCUCUUGUCUCAUUGGUGUGUGAAGGAUGCAACAAUAUUGACUUCACUCACCCCCCCACCUAAACCCCCACCCAAUCUAAAGAGGCAUAAUAGGACAUCAAUAGACUUUGAGUACUCCAUGAACCUGAGUUAAGGCAUAAGUUACCUCCCUCGUGGUGAACUAAUUGAACCUUCUAUUCCAGCCACAUCUUCCCCCGCACACCUGAGUGCUUUCAAAGCAGGCCAUCUAUGCGGUUGGAUCAAAUUCAACGAAAAACAGAACUGAAACUUCUUGGAGGAAUCAUUCCUCAAUAGAAUGUAGGAUAACAAUGAGGAGAAAAAUGUAUUAAGUAGGUGGGGGAAAGAGGUAGGAAGGAGGUAUAAGAAUAAGAAAAGUGACCAUCCCAAGGCUUGGACCCCACCCCCAACCCCUAGUGGUUCGUUCUGUGUUUUAAGUGUCCUUUAUUAAUUGUUACUUGAGACUGCUGAAUUACUUACCUCACAUGUAUCUUCUUGACAGGGAAUCAUGCAGAAUGUGCGUACAUUACUCACGUUUAGAACAAUGUGAGGAAGACCAGGAUCAGCUGCUAAAUCUCAGUCACUUCCUGCAAAUCUCCUGCAGAUCUCCUGCAAAUGAUGGAAGUUCAGAUAUGAAUAUCUGUCUUUUUUUUCUUUUACAUUUUAUGUGCAAUUUUUUUUAGCACAGUAUCUUCUAGAGAAACGGCUCAAACAUGCAAGCCAAGAUUCUAACUUUCUCUUGUUACCCCUAUUAUGGGUCAUCAUUUCAUGCAUUCUGUAUUUACCAUUGACGAAUACGAAAGCUGUUUUGUUUGCUUACACUUCAGUCUAAUAAUGUAUAUAUACUAAUUUAAAAUGUUUUCUUAGCAGGUUAAAAAAAGAGUGACCUUUAAAUGAACAUUGUUAUUGAUUUUAUUUCAUGUGCAACUUUAUGUAUUUCUUUACACUAAACAUUCUGAACUGUUUGAAAAGAGAGGCACUAGUUCACAUGAAUAUCAGUUUAACAUAGAUCUUAGGUUCAUUUUGUUUAUAAAAGUACAUUUCUUGACACACAUGGUGUUGUGCACUAAAGUGAGCAUUCAAAGUGAAUGUCAAAUUCAUGGUUAAAUAGCCGAACUGGAAACAUUCUCUGUGCUGUUUGGCUAUUCAAACUGAAUUUGAAAUUUAUGGUUAUGAAUUCUCCCUUUAGUGAAUAGCCCUGAAAGCUUUAUUCUGUUAGCUCUACAGAUCUAUCAUGGUGUUUCAGUUUAGUAGAAAGACUGCUUUCUACAAAUGUAUAUACAUUUAAUAUAUGCUUUACAUUGUUCUAACAAAUGUAAAUAAAUGUCUAUAUCUUCUGUUAAUUUCAGAUCUCCAACUAUGGCAGGUGGUUUGUUUGCUGUGAGCAAGAAAUAUUUUGAAUAUCUUGGAACAUAUGACACGGGGAUGGAAGUUUGGGGAGGAGAAAAUCUAGAACUAUCAUUUAGGGUAUGCACCAGGACAAUUUGAUAUUGGUAGUUAAAAUAUAAUAUGCAUUAAGGGUUAUUGCAAGCACCAUGACCACUUCAGUGAUAUGAAGUGGUUAUAGUGCCUGGUGUCUGUGCAGUGUGUAACUUUGAAGUGCUGCACAUAGAGGGGUUAACCCCUCUUUUGCUGGAUGUGUCGCUCCACCUCCAGUAGCAUCAUAGGGUUGUCAUUUGCCAGCCUGGAACUAGAGUUAAUGUCAAUACUGUGCAACUUUCAUUGCACAGAUUGACAGUCAUUGGCUGAGAGCAGUCAGCUGACUGAUACUCUCAGCCAAUAAAUGUCAACCUCUGCAGGAGCCGGAUGCUUAUCACUGGAUCACCAGGGAGCAUCAGAGCCCAGCGGGCAUGGGGUAUAGGGGUAAGCAAUUACUAAACGGUUUGCCCCAUUAUCAGGGACCCGGGCCAGUGUGGUCCUGGCAUCCUAACUACUACAGUGAACUGCAUUGGUUAUGAUGCUUGGAGUAACACUUUAAAUUAAUCACACCUCAAACUACUGACAAAGAAUUUAAACAUCCUAAGAGCAAACAUAUGUCUGAAUUAUAACCUAAAAAUAAAGAUUAAAAAGAGGAAGGAAGUAUGUCCCACAAGCAUUUAUAAUGCUUUGUUUCAUAGCCUACUAAAGUGAUCUGCAUAAACAAAUAGAACACCCUGAAUCUAAAGAGCUAUGCUGUAUGUACAUGUGUGUUAAACCCAGUCAGGGCUUACUCAAUCUGAGUCUUUUAUCUGCUAUUGUAGAAAGUUGCUCUGUGUAAGCCCUGUCCCAGCCCUAUUACUUGUCUUGGCUAUACAGCUUUGUAUCAAGGCAUACAGUCCUAUCCAGCAAUACACAGUUUACAUCUCCAUAUGUCUAAAAGAGCAGCUGUCACUUCCUUAUUUGCAGUACAAUAAUGUAUACUAUUAUUUCCUGUUUAAUGCAUUGGAGAACUUCCUUGCCGUGUGUUCACUUCAGCAAUCUAUCAUACAUUGCCUGGAUCUCUAUAGCAGUUACUCACUUUCUCUUUCCCUUUUUUAACAUCCAUUAAAGUGAGGACUGUUAUAGACCUCAAAUAAUUCACUGGGCCACUCUCAUUCCUCUGUGCAAAUGGUCUGCCAUUUUUAUCACUAUGACCUUCUCAAUGUAUUCCCACCUUGCAAAUGAUGUCUGCCGUGCUACCGUUGGUAUUUUAUUUGAUCGAUUUUUCAUCUUGCAUAUAGGUUUGGCAAUGUGGAGGAAGCCUAGAGAUUCAUCCUUGUUCCCAUGUUGGCCAUGUUUUUCCCAAGAAGGCUCCAUAUGCACGGCCAAACUUCCUGCAGAACACUGCGCGUGCCGCUGAAGUGUGGAUGGACAGCUAUAAAGAGCAUUUUUACAACCGUAACCCACCAGCAAGAAAGGUAUAAAAUGUAUUCAGAUACGGCUUUCUGUGAUGUUUGAGAACAUCUAGCGACUUUUAACAUGAAAAAGAGGAAUGAAUUGUUGGUUCUGCACAAAGAUGUGUUAAAAUGUCUUUGUAAUACAUCAUAGUUUUACGUAUGUGAAUUUCCAUUGAGUUUAGUUUAUUAAGGGGACACCGUAGGCACUGUAGGUUUCCCUUUUGCACCUAGUGCUGCGAUGUUUACAUUGCCACGCUAAGUCAGCCUCUAGUGGAUUUAAAUGGAUCUUUGGUCUAGUAUCUGACGCUCUACAUGAGGACACCCAGCAUCAAAAUUUUCCCCAUAUGAAAACAUUAAUUAAAUGCUUUCCUAUGGGGAGGUCUGAUGCUUUUGCCGCGCAUGUGCAUUAGCGCCUGCGGGAUGUCGGAAGGGGCGGGGCGCCGGCUCAGCACCAAGGGACAUCAGCUCUGGGAUCAGGUAAGAUUAAUAAAGGGUUUUAGCCCUUUAUUUAUUGGGGGGUGGGGGGGUGCGAGGAAGGGGGUAGGCAGAGGGUGCCAUAGUACCAGGAAUACAGCUUUGUAUUCCUGGCACUGUAGUAUCCCUUUAACAACAUGAUUUGUUAAAUGUAUACAGAUAUGUCAUGCUGAUCCACAUUAGGACUUUAAAGCUAAACGAGUUCUGCCAGAUUUCAUUGUGUAUUUGUCAUCCAGUACAGUACAAAUAGAACUACUGGGAUGUAGGAUUCAAGGAGCUACAUCUCUGGGUGUUGCUAGUGCUAAUUCACCAGAGAAAAACAAUCCAUGUUUGAACCACCUAGUUUGAAAAUUGUCUUUUUAUAAUAAUGGAGAGGACUGGAAAUGAUUCCCUUGGCUGAGAAUAUUGCCAUCUCUUUAUAGUGUUAUCUCUAGCAAUAACUGUACAGUAAUUUGCAGUAUGUAUAUGUACACUGUCUGUUUAAUUGCGGCUGCAGUAGGGGAGUAUCACUUUAUCAUUUUAGUUCCACUGUUUACCAUUGGAGAGGUGAUUUGUUUGAUUCCUGUUUUGUGUAAGAUAUUAAGUUCAUUUGAGAUGUUAUUUGCACAGUUGUGUAAUACAUUAAGGGUUAUUAACUAAAAGAUGAAGUAAAGACUUUACUAGGGAAUUGCGAAUUUUAGUGCAAAAUAUCUUGAGUUUAGAGAAUAUUUCCCAUGUUCGCUAUUUUGACCUGAAGUGUGUCAUUCCCUGGUGACCUCCUGAAUCUUAUUGCAUAUUUUUAUUUUUAUUUUUUAUUCUUUUAUUUUUGGCGUGUCGUUACAUUGCACUUUGGCAAUUAAGUAGGCAUAACAUAGUACAUACAGUUAUACUGUAGAGUACAUAUAUAUAACGUGUAAUGCGAUUCUUACAGUAUUAUGUUCGUUGUCUCAAGGUUAGGUGUACUUUUGUUGGUGACACAUGUUAACAAAUAAAUGGUGAACAAUUAACAUGUUAGAAGACUGGAGACCUUUGUAGAGUGCUUUGUCUAUUUUGGACACCCUCCACUCGUGGUGGGUGGCAUCAAUUCGUGGUCUCUGUUUCUCCCAAUAUCACAUAAGAAAAGGAGUAACGGAUAGAGAAGAAAAAAGAGGAGAGGGGUAUGGGGGGGCCCCUCAGGCGGAGAUCUGAGUUUCGUCUGGAUUACGCUCGGGUUUGGUUAGUGCUGGCGGUGCCCCAUUUCCUGAUCUUACCUCAGUUCUCUCUAUCACUGGCCUUCCAGAGUUCCCAGACCUUUUCAUAUGCUUUCAAGGUGCCUCUCACCAAUGCCGUGAGGUGGUCCAUGACAUGGAUAUCCCUUAUUUUAUGUAUUACCAUAUUGAUCUGGGCCUGGUGAGUCUAGCUGCUAAGGUGAUUUUACGUAUGAGUUUUUGGUCCCUUCCUGACCAUUCAUCAAGUGGUCUGGAUAGCAGACACACCCAUGGAUCUAUGCCCACCCUUCUCUGGAACACUUUGUCUAAUAGGCUCCCUACUUCUCUCCAAAAGGCUUGUGCUUUCGGGCAGUCCCACCACAUGUGCUUAUCUUCCCUUUUUGUCCAUAGCCCCUCGAGCACAGAUCGUCUGGGGUUUUGCGCAUAUGAUAUAACUUCACUGGGGUGGUAUACCAUCUGAACAUGGUUUUGUAUGCCUGCUCCUGUUGUGUAACACAUAUUGAGGUGGCCUUAUUUGCAUCCCAGAUGUCUCUCCAGUCUGUGUCCUCCAAGACCUCUCCCUGAUCUGAUUCCUAUUGAGUCGUGUAAUGUAGGUCCCCCCAGUCGGUGUUAUUGGAGCUAAGGUGUGCGUAAAGAUUCGUGAUGAGUCCCUUCGGGGGUUUUUCCUUGAGACACAUUUUCUCAAAGCCCGUUGGUUUAGUUUGUGCUGCAGUUUUUGCUGGAUGGUGUUGUGCGAAAUCCCUGAUCUGGAUGUAUCGAAAGAAAUCUGAGGGUGUUAGCCUGGUCCUUUCUGCCAGGGUUUCGAAUGAUAGUAUCUGGUCGCCCUCGUACAGGUGGAUCGCUCUGUGUAGGCCCGAUGGUGGGAAUGCCCUGUUUCUCAAGACUGGCAUCAGUGGGGAGGGUGAGGUUGUCAGUUUAUAUUUUAAAGCUGUGGCGUCCCAGACCCGUAGGGAGUUUAAGAUUGUGGGGCAUUGGGUGUCUCUAGUAGACAGCCACUAGAGGCAGUCUUAACCCUGCAAUAUAAAUAUUGCAGGGCUAAAUGGGACAGGUACACUGCACCCAGACCACUCCAGUAAGGUGUCUACAGUGUCCCUUUAAUUUUUCUACACCUCUAAAAUAUAUAUGUAUUAAAGGAGCACUACAGUUUGCUCAAGUGCUUUGUGUGUCUGGAAUCUGUAACAUUUUUGGGACGGUUUAUAAAUGGGGGGCAGAAAAAAAUUCCCUGGCUCUCAUUUAGAGAACCGUGGAGGUUUACCUCUGCUUCAAUUUGUUUAGAGCUAAUGGAGGGGUGCUGGGCUCGAGUGCACCUGCCAUCCUUCUUUCUUAUUUACUAAAUAGUUUAAAACAAUUCCCUAGAGUGUUACUAUAAAUAUAUGGGCUAUGUAAACAUAGUAUUAAAAAGUGACCUUUUUCAUGUGUUGAUUUCAAAUUGAUGAAGUUAAGAAUAUAAAUGAAUCCCUGCAAAUUUACCAGUUUGCCUUCUCUCAAGUAGGCUAUCACAUUUGUGCAAGUCACUUGACUAUCACCAGCUGAUGACUGACAGUCACAACGUAUGUGGAAUUAACUCGCAAAGAUGAGCAGCAGCAGCAUCAAGUGGGAUGGCAAUGGAAUGAUCUCUUGCUGCUUGCUUUUAAUGGCACGGACAGUAUUUCAGAGCAGGCAUACUGUUAUGUACAGUGUUCCUUUAAACGUACCUGUAAAUCCAGUGAUGGAAGAGAAUCCUCUUCUAAACCUAAUCAGCCUUCUUUGAAGUCAUCACUCCUUAUGACUUUUUGGCAUAUCAGAUGGACAUAUGGAGGGUAUACAUUAUAUUUGCCUACCCAGAUUUCUCUACCCAGCAAGCAGAAUGCAGCUUGUGUGUAUAUGGAUUCCCAAAUUAAAACUAUAGAGUUAAUAUUUGAAGCUUUAUGUUUGCAGCAGAUAAUUCAGAGUAACAGAGUAGUUUGGAACAAUGCGAAAGCUCUUGUAUACUAAGGUCACUCUCCAACUUCAUAAUUAGCCUAAGUAAGCCAUGGAUCAGUGCUGGAUUAAUUUCCAAAGUCUUUACUGAGAAAUGUAAAUAGAUAAAUAGGCUGCUUGCUGCACUUGUCCCCAGGGGAUGUUUAUAAAUUAAAAGAAAUGAGAAACUGAAGAUUUCACUUUAUGAUGUCUUGAGACAUUAUCUGCCCAGAUAUUUCUGCAGUUUGAGCAUGCAUUUAGUGUUUAUGUCGUGCCGUAAGAGCCUGUGACAACAAAGGCUAAGGGUAACUCAGUCUCCCUAAAAUUCUUUGGUCCAUUUACCUUUUCAGCAUCUCUGAAUUGAUAAUAGAGGUUCCUUGUCAGUUUGGCAGAUCUAAAAGGAUCAGCAGUAUUUCCGUUCUGACAGAAUCAUUCUAUAAAGCUGUGCUCCAAUGCAUUGCAUAGUGUGAUCUUGUUGUGUAUGCUCAUGCCAUUGUGAUGUAUUCAGCUAAGGGAGUGGACUGGUUUUGGAAAGCGUACAUUGUUUGUCAAGUAACUAAAUACUACGUGCAUAGCAACUUAAAGGGACACUGUGAGCACCAAAACUGCACAUGUAAUGCAUUUCAUUUACAGCAUGUGUUUAUCUUAGACUCCAUGUUUUUUGCCAUAUGUAUUAUAUUCAAUUCGUUUUGGAUUAUCUUAACAUAAGUGUCAUAAGUGUGUUAUAUUUUAAUACAGGAAAAAUAUGGGGACAUUUCUGAACGGAUCAUUCUUCGAGACAGACUACAUUGCAAAAGUUUUGACUGGUACUUGAAAAAUGUUUUUCCAGACUUGCAUGUGCCAGAAGAUCGACCCGGCUGGCAUGGGGCUGUAAGUAUUCAUUGGUUGUGGGAUUCUGUCCAAGGGCAUUUAACCAGCAAGUAUCCUUGUUAAAUUUGAAGGACAGUGACUCGCUCUUGGGUUUUAUAGGAUUCUUUAUUAGGAUAUAGUGGAACAAAUAAACGUCUGUUUUCUGCCUGCUUAAAAGUAGUCAGUCUACAUCAGGUACACAGCAUGUUCAUGUGUGUUCACUAUUAUGGCAAGUUUACCAUCUGGUUGGAGAUAAAAGGGACAAAUCAAUCUGUAUUUAUAUAGCAAAUAACUAUACCAAGCUCUGCCAAAUCCCCACUUGUCAUUGUGAUGAGAAACCUUGGCACCACAAAUGUUUCUGGAUGUUAUUUCCCAUGAUGAUUAGUCAGGAGUCAGAAACACCUGUGGGGCAAAAGUUUGGCCAUCCCUGCAUUUUGGUUCUCUAAAUCGUUUUCAGAAAAGCAAGCACCGUGGGCAAAUGCAAAAUGCAGAUCCAUGUUUUUAUGGAUCACAUUUUUUAGACUUGUAUAGACUAAGAUGCUUCUCUUUUGUGCUUUUAUAUUUUUAACAAACCGCCUAGGGGCCUUUUACAUUGUUUGGGGACAGAUGAUGAUCACUUUAGCACAUUAGCACUUAUUAAAGAAAAUACACAUUUUAAUUACGUUUAAUCACUCUUAAAUACAAUCUGAUGACAGUCUUGCUUUAAUGUUUUUAUUAUUUUGUACAAAUUCCUUAUACUUAUUUUAAACUGGCUUCAAACUAUUCAUCCAGUAACACACCAACCAUUGUAAGAUACCAAAUACAGAGUAAACACCUAAGAUAAUUUUUUAAUCUAAAAACAAAUGUGGUUAUUUGUCAAACUGGGAACUGUGCACAAUUGUUAAAUGAAUUGCAAAUUUUAUUCCAAAAUAGCUGAGCCAGAAGAAUGUGGAGAAUUCUUGUAUUUCAGCUAUUUUAGCUUAAUUUUGCAAUUUUCUUUUCUGUUCUCAAAAAUGCCUGACUUUAAUUGUAUUGAUCUUCCUUUUAGAUCCGUAGUGAAGGCAUAUCAUCUGAGUGUCUAGAUUACAAUGCCCCGGAUCAUAACCCUACUGGUGCUCACCUGUCUCUUUUUGGAUGCCAUGGUCAAGGUGGUAAUCAGGUAACAAAUAGCAUUGUUUAAUAAACAGUCCAAACCAGUUUAAUUAUAUUAUAAUGAAGGGUUUGUCUGUUCAUCAUCCGUUCUGUGUCAUGGAAACUGUUGCAUUCCACUGGAUAUAAAUAAACAAAAUCUCAGUUGUAUUUAAUAUAUAGUUACCAUUUGGCAUGAUAGACCCCUAGAAAGAUUUAGUUCAGGAAUAAAAUGGAAUAAUGUUCUUAUUCCCAGCGCUAUGUAGCUACACAAUUUUGAUAAUGAAAACCUUAAUCCACUGUAUCCCAUGUGUCAGAUAAUCUACCAUAGAGGAAGGUGACCUUUUAGCAACCCAUGCUAUAGUUUAACGAACAGCAAGGUUUCGAUGAGGGAGAAUCAAGAAUUAAUUGGAAUUAGGGGCACACUCAGAACAUGCAUUUCUAAAUACUGGUGCUGUCGUAAAUCCCAACAUUUUACAAGACUACUUAACAUCACCUAUCUUAGCAAACAAAUUUAGGGGUUAAUUUACAUUAUAUGGCCAAAUUGCGUUAAACUCGCCACUACAUCACAGUACCCCAAUAUUGGUGAGUCCUACGCUAAUUUUAAAAUGGGAGAUAAACAUGCUACCUGCAAUACUUACUGGUAAAACUGCUGUCAGAGACCCAUUGCUUUCCUGUGGUUCCCUCCAGAGGGCAUUUAUGAAUAUAUAGGUCUACAAGAAUAUGGGAAUAUCUGCUAAACCAACAAAAAGCAAAACAACAUAGUGUAUCACUGUGUGGAUAAAGUGCCAAAUAGUACAAUCUCAAUUGGUCACUCACAAUUUCAAUGAAGGAGAAAGGUCUUGGAUAUAAUUCCCCUCAAAGGGUUUUGUCUUCUAGAUGUUUUCCGAUCAUCAUGGAUUGGUUGGAGGUCAUAUACUCAAAAGAGAAAUAAAAUUGUAGUGCAAGUAGAGCGAAUUAUAAAAACAAAUGUAUUAACUUACAUAUAGGUUAAAAUUGAUAGAUGUAAUGAAUCAGUCACGACUAUGCAUCCUAUCUGUUUUGUCUGUGCUAGGGACAUCCACAGAGAUUUUACAAUUUCAGGUUACAAUCCAAAAAGUAAAUAUAAACCCUCCCUUCACUCCCCAGUCCGUUUAUAUAUCUAUAUACUGUAAUACUAGUGCUUAGGACAUCGUGAGUCACAUGUUAUUAAAAAAACAAAUCUAAUCCAAUGAUUUAUAUACAAAACCAUUAGACCAUUAACCCCAGCUAAUCUGAAAACCUAUAGCACCAUUACAUGGUGGUUUAUUCACUAAAUAGUUGCAGUGAGUUGAUAGCAAAUGCUCAACGUUUAAGCAGACACGGUUUUCUUCCUGUGCAGUACAGUGUGUUUGUGUAAUUGUGUUGUAUGCUCCUUUUUAUUUUCCAGUUCUUUGAGUAUACAGAAAACAAAGAAAUUCGGUUUAAUUCUGUUACUGAACUCUGUGCUGAAGUGCCUGAACGUCAGACCUACAUUGGAAUGAAACAUUGUCCGAAAGAUGGUACUAUUAUUGCCACAAACUUGGUUUGGGAGUUUAGACAAGUGAGUAUAAAGAGAGUAUAAUCAUUUUGCUAUAAUUGUCAUUGUCGCCGACCUAUACAAUUACAAUUAUUUAUAUAGUGCCAACAUAUUUUGCAGCGCUGUGAAAUAUGUAAACAAGAUAAACAUUUAUUUCUAACAAAACUUAUAUGGCAUACAGGAGCAGUAGGUAAUUGCCCAAACGAGCUGACAUUCUAUACUGCUAUUAUAUUCAGUUUCAUCCUUCUCCCAAAACAGAAUCAAUACACCAGCAACCCCCACAUUGUACUGUGUCAUUCUAAUGUAUUUCUCUGCUAGAACAUUUGAGCUUAAAGGACCACUAUAGUGCCAGGAAAACAUACUCGUUUUCCUGGCACUAUAGUGCCCUGAGGGUGCCCCCACCCUCAGGGUCCCCCUCCCGCCCGGCUCUGGAAAGGGGAAAGGGGUUAAAACUUACCUUUUUCCAGCGCUGGGCGGAGAGCUCUCCUCCUUCUCUCCUCCUCCGAUCCUCAUCCUGGGCUGAAUGCUCACGCGCGCCAAGAGCUGCGCGCGCAUUCAGCCGGUCACAUAGGAAAGCAGUCAUAAUGCUUUCCUAUGGACGCUUGCGUGCUCUCACUGUGAAAAUCACAGUGAGAAGCACGCAAGCGCCUCUAGUGGCUGUCAAUGAGACAGUCACUAGAGGAUUAGGGGGAAGGCUUAACCCAUUCAUAAACAUAGCAGUUUCUCUGAAACUGCUAUGUUUAUAAAAAAAAUGGGUUAACCCUAGAAGGACCUGGCACCCAGACCACUUCAUUAAGCUGAAGUGGUCUGGGUGCCUAGAGUGGUCCUUUAAUUGGAUUUCUUUAAUGAAUUAAGUGCACAGAAAAAGACUACUACUUGUGACCUUGGGGGGUGACCUGUGGGGGCAAAACAAAUCUGAUGGCCAGGGUUCAACCAUUACUAGCCAAAUAUUGUCAUUAAUAAUCAUCACUGAUAACAGCAAGCAUUAUGAAUCCCAUUCUACAAUGGGAUGAUAUCCAGGAAAUGGAUUUGCCACACAGUAAUGUGUUAAUGUCCUUUGUUACUUAAUUACAUAAUUGAAGGUGCAAAACAAUGGAGGGCCUACAACUCAGGGUGAAAAUAAAGAGGACAAAUAAACAACGUACUCAUUUGGGACCGUGCUGCACUCAUUUAUAAGUGUUACCAUUCUUAAUUAGUCAUAUUUACGAAUAUGUUAUUAGCCUUGCAUACAAACAUACCUAAAAAUGCCACUCACCCACGCACACCAGACUAGUCGUAUUCUUUCAUACACAUGUCACAAAUAACACACACUUUUAUAUAAUUAAAAAAAAAUAAUAAUGACUACAUUUUUCAUGGCUCUGUGAUCAUUUGUUUCUGUGCUUUGUAGGAUGGGACAAUCUUCCACCCACAUUCAGGGUUCUGCGUUACAUCAUACCGUACACCCGAAGGUCGUGGAGAUGUACAUAUGGCGCCGUGUCAACCAUCGGACAAAAAUCAGUUUUGGAAGUUUGAGAGGUAGAAAAAGAAGCCCACCCAAUUAUAUGGACUUUUAAAAACAGAUUGCCAAUGUUUGCAGCUGAACACAAAUAUAAUAAUUACACAACAAAUACCCUUUUGUUUACUUUAAUUGUGUCUGCCUGAUUGUAUGGUAACAGAACUCUUUGCCACUGUGUCGUAACUGUCCAAAUUUUCUGAAGUGCCUUGUACCCAAUGAAGACUGUCAUAUGCUGGGUUUGCAUUUUGAUACUUUAUAUACCAGUAUGUGUUGAAUGGUGCUCCUUACAAUUUGAUACUGGCCCUUAGCACUUUUUGGUGUGGCUUGCAUGAAACAGAAGCCUACUGUUUAGAGAAAUUUUGAUUCUUUAAAAAAAAUAUUUGGAUGAAAAUGUGUGCUUGCAGCAUCUAGAGUUUUAUGCUAUUUUAUAUAGUCUGGAAUGUGUCUGUUUAUAAUGUAAUGUUUUAUUGUCAAGCUUUUCCUCAUUGCAAAGGCUUUCCUAUUUGUCAAUGGCAUCUAAACUAGACCCCAACCCUGGAGUCUGUUUGUGAAACUCAGGCAUUUGGUUUCAAUGCUGCAAAUGAAAUCGACCAAAUAAAUGGGGCUGCAGCUGUAAGAGUAAUAAUUGCUAUAAUUGUUCUAAAAAUACACAGUUAAUGGAAUGGAAAUAAUUCUAAAAAGAGAGCAAAUCUCACUGCUAGAGAGAAAAUGUACUGUGCAAAUACUAACAUGAUGAUCUAAACCCUGCCUAAUUAGGGCCAAAUCUACCUGCUACAUGUCACUUUGAUCUGGGCCUCCAUUUAUCCAUCCUGUGUACUGCAGUCAUUUACUUGCAUUCCAUUUCUAAAUAUAAGCUCAUUUGUAGAAGUUCAAAUUGUGCAUGUGUAAAGAUUAUGGAACAGGAAUUGCCAAAGGUGGUGACCAGCCGAGCAUCAUAUGAGUUGAACUUAGGUGUUGAUCCAUCUUUUGUCCACCCAUGUUAUAUAAUAUGAUUUUAUUUACUAUUAGGUAGUAUUUAUAGUGCAUCAGGAAGGCUACAAUUAUUCCCAUGCCAAUCUUGUUUCCAAUAAUAAUUACAUUUCUAAUUAUGUUAAGUAAUGGAAAUACCAAAUGAUUGGUAUGAAAGACUUCUUGCAUCAUCAGAAUGCAUGAUAGACAAACCCCUAACUUUUACAUUAAUAUUUAGUUUUCUUUCAGUGUAUUGUUCCUUUUAAAACCUAUUUGUUAUAUAUUUUCAACUGUCACUUUCCAGGAUUUUUAAUAGUGAGGUGUAUAACAAGAAAGUUAAAUAUAGAAAUUCAUAUCUCUUAAUCCUGAAAUAGGGCAUCACCACCAUCGCUCCCUGCCAAUCACUGUUAUGUUCUGUCCUUUGCACCUGGCACUCAACAAAGAGAGAACAUGAGAAAUUAAACAUUGUUUCUAUGUCUCCUCCUAAUUUGCAAUGUGUGCCUUGACUGUGCCUGAACUAAACCGGAUUGUGAUGUCAUUAGCUAGAUCUUUGAAAUACAUUUACAGGAAAAAGAGCAUCACAUAUAAAAAGAAAGAAAUAUGUAUUUUUCAAUUAUGUAAUUUCCAAAGUGACAGUUUCUGUUUUAAAAAUAACCAGAUACAUAUUUGUUAAUAAGUUAAUUGUUUGUGGAGGUUGAUUUAUAAAAGCACUUGAAAGUUUCCAUAGUCCGUCCAUCUAUAAAGAUAGACUCUUAAAGUUGUUUGUGGCUCAUUGCAGGAUUAUGCCAGUACCAAUUUGUCUAACCUUAGAAUUCCUGGCCAUCCUUGCCAGACACCCAUUUCCUGCACCUGAAGCUCCUAUUGUAAAAAUAUAUCUACUGACAUUAUGCCAAAAUUGACUGUCUACCAGCGUAAGAUUAUGUCUUCUAAAUCUAUUUCAACAACGUUACGCUCUUGUACUUUAUUAAAUCCCUUUAGACUUUAUAUUAUGUCAGACCUAUCCCUUCUCUACCCACCAAAUACAUUGUUAACAUUUUCGACCUGUGCUAAUUUAUUAUGCAGGCCUUGCACUAAUCUAAUAUUUCUUUUAUGAUUUGUUUUCUAAUGUAUUCAUGUCUUUCUUAAUAUAAGGUCUCCAGAAAGGUAACAAUAUUGUAAAUGUAGUGUUAUAAUUGAAUCAGUGCAGACAUUUUUGCUGAUGCACAGACAUUUAACUUAACUCCUUUGGUCCCCCAACAUUCCCAUAAUGUUUUUAUUGUUGUUUUUGUUUUUUACCAUAUAAUUGUUUGAUACCACGCUUGUUCGCUUGCACACUGCACUGAGUUGCACAAAUCAUCUGGAUACCCACUGACUUCAUCGUCACAUUUCUGUCUUUUGUUCGAAUGUGCACAAGCAGAAGUAUGAGACCAUGAUACAAAAAUAACACUCCUGUUACAUGGUUUGGUUUUUUAGUCAUAUACUCUUAAUUUAAAAAAAAAAAAAAUCUAUAUAUAAAAAAUGAUCAGGGUGCACUCACAGGACUUUAUCGUGAAGCUUUUUAAUGUAGUGAAAAAAAUACAAUUACAUCUGAAAAAUAAAUCUUUUUUUUUUUCAGAUGUAAUUGUAUUUUUUUCACUACAUUAAAAAGCUUCACAAUAAAGUCAGUGCACCCGGAUCAUUUUUUUUAAAAAUUUAUUUAAAUAUCUAUGCGGGCAGCACCCAGGCAAGUUAUCCUGUAUAUAUUUUUCCAAGGAAUGAGAGUGCCAAGCUAUUGGAUAAUUAAUAUAUAUCUUUUUUAAUUUAACACGCCCCAAUGAAUACAUCAAUGCAUUUAGUUAUGCAUGUUGUCACUGGGAGUAUAUUUAAAAAGAGUUUGCAAAAGCUCGGUUCUUAUGACUGCAGUCUUUGCAAGCCCUCCACUUUUUCCCUGGAAGAGAAUGUUAGUCUCUUUACAGGGAAAUAACCAAUCAUGGAGAAGCCACUGAAUCUGUGACCUCCUGGCAUGCAUGUUUACUCCCACACACUGCAACCUUGAUUGGGAAGGACGCUUGUCUAAGAAAAGCUAGGAGGAAAUGCGCGCUGUACUCGAAGGGAACUAACGGAAGGAGGAAGUAAAUUUAUUUAUAAAAGUGCCAAUUUCUCAUGCAAAGUGGCACUUGUAUAAUGUGCAAUUAAUAUGGGAUAUCCCAUGCACAGAAAGCAAACUGAAGCACUUUCUGUGCGUGGAGUGGUCCUUUAAUAAUAUAAUAAUAAUAAUAAUAAUAAUGGGGAAAAAAAGCUAUGAAAGAAGUGACCGUCUCCUCUGUAAGGUACAAACUAGUAAUAUGAAGAUAUUUCCCUUCCUAACAUGAUUGGUGUUUUAAAAUCUGUUUAAUGACUGUAUGACUGAUUUUAGUGCUGAUAAAGAAUGUUAAUCCAUAGAAUAAGAGUUAAAUGAUGGGGGAAAAAAAUUCAAUAGGUUUUAAGAAUUGGCUGCUGGUAGCUAUACAGCACAAAUAGUGAAGGCAGGUACCACAGUUAUGUGCCUAAUUGAAAUUGAAUCCAUUACAUGCAAAUUAAAGGAACACUAUAGCGUUAGGAAUACAAAACUGUAUUCCUAAUGUUCUAGUAUCCUGCCUCUGCUCCUCCUGUCCGGUAUUGAAAGGGUUAAAAAAAAAACUCUUUCACUUACCUGUUUCCAGCUCCUCCUCCAGUGACAUCACACCCAUGCGGGCACAUUAGAAUUUCCCCAUAGGAAAUUUUGAAUUUGAAGACGCUGUGAGAAUAAGAAUGUCCAAUUUCGUUUCACUGAGUUAAACUCUGUGAGAAAUGAUGCAGGAAGAGCCAGUAGUGGUGCUCUGGACGACAGUUUGUAGGAAAGUGCACUGAUUUACAUUGCAAGGUUAAGGUGACGGGGACACUGCACUCAGACCAUUUCAAUGAUAUAAAGUGGUCUGGGUGCCUAUAGAGUCCCUUCCAGUUGCAUCUUUCGGUCACAUAAUAGGGACAAUAUUAUGAAAAUCUUUUAUUGUUCUACUUAACUUUCAUUUUAAUUUUUUGUCAGAUAAAUUAAAUAAUAGAUAAAUAUAGAUUGCUAAUUUUAUUUGGAUUUUUUUUCAUACUUCCUUUACAGAUUUAACUUCUUUGAUUUAAGGUUUCUGUUAAAAAAUAAAUAAAUAAAAAAUAAAUGUACCCAAAAGCACUGACUUGAAUACAGCUCUGUAGUAUGUAUUUUCCAUAGGUGUCCAUUUUAAUGGGGACAUAUUGCUCCUUUAGUUUAGAUAUUUUAUCUUUGAGCUGUUAUUGGGCAUAAGGUGCUGCAUUAUUCCAUGGCUCUGCAAUAUGAGGAUAUAAACACAACAAAUAAAUUACAUAUAAGUUAAGGGAACAGAAACAAAGGGAUUAAGAUGGGUGUGCUUAAAACAAGUUUACAAUCUGGUUAUUUAUUCUUAUAUGACUGCAUUGUUGCAAGUGACUAAAAGAUUCUAAGAAACAUAAUUCCUAACACUGAUGCAGAGGGUGCCAGUGAGAGGGCUUAAAGGAGGGUGGCCAGUAACGUGAAUUGCAUCACUAGUGCCGCCCAAAGGGGGGGGACUUGCUUAGAAUGUGGUCAGGUCCACCCAAAUUAUUAGCAGGUUAGCCUAGCAUGACGCAAGCUAGUCUGCCUGUCAACCAGGCACAUUGGCCAACUGAGGGCAGCUCACGCAGGAAUCUGAAUUUCAAGGACAAAGCUAACCUGGAAGCAUAGCUAGUUGUAAAUUUUAAAUUCCAUUUGAAUUCACUAGAAUUCCCAGCAAUUCUCCCUUUUUAGUAAUUACCCUAACAUACAAUCACUUUUUAUGAUAGUGUCCCUAUUUAUUUAGGGUAAUAUAUAACUGUGUAUUUUUAAAUUCUGUAUCAAUAAUGCAAUUUAAAUAUGUUUUAUUUCAUUUAUCAUUAGCUUGGAGAUUCUUAUAUUGACUUCGGUUUUUUGUAUGUGGAUAUUUCUUUAGAAAUAUUUGAUUUGCACCAUUUUGUAUGCAACACCUGUGUCAAAUGUUGGACUUUUCUCUAUGCAAGUAAUAUGCAUAUGUAUAGAUAUAUAUUGUGCAUGGGUUUCUGGAAAAUCUGAUGCAAAACGUUUCUACAGUCAGAUGUUUUUGGGGUUGUAUCUUUUGUUUUUAGGUCAUUUUCCUAUUUGUUUCCUAGGGGGUUGAUGAUAGUAAAAUCUAUUGGGUUUAAACUACUGAUCGUUAUUUUAAUUAAAAUUGUUACUACAUACAUUGAAAAUGUAAUUUAAAUUUGUUAUACAUUAGAAAAAUGAGCACUGGCGAAUAAAAUAUGCUUGUUUUUUUUCAA